AUGGGGGGUCAGGUUUUAAAUAGAUUCCUUUCUCAUUCUGCAUCUAGGUUCAUGAUGCCUCACUGCCUCGCUCAUGGCUGCAGGAACUGCUGCGACACGUCAGACCCAUCGGUUACUUUUCAUGCAUUUCCAGAUUGCGUGGAGGCAGCGCAGCGCUGGGCUGGCCUGUGCGAAGUGUCAGAAGCAGACCGUAACCACUUAAUACAGGAUGUACAACGAGGUCACUCCGCGAAGUAUCAUAUCUGCUCCCUGCACUUUGCUGACAGUGAUUUUGAGGAAAGUCUGUCCUCACCCAAUGGAGAGGCACCAGGAGGGGCGAAACGCAAACUGCGAUAUGGUGCACAGCCCUCCGUGUUUCUUACAGCUCCAAUUGGGUCCAAUGACGAAUGUUCAGAGAAAGGUGAACAGGUGAGGAAAAAAACGCUCAAUAUCUAUCAUAUGGUCAUUUUGUAUAACCUCAUACCAUAUAGCAGUGUAUUGUAUAACAUCAUAUUAUAUAGCCAUAUUGUAUAACCUCAUAUCACAUAGCCGUGUAUUGUAUAACAUCAUAUUAUAUAGCCAUAUUGUAUAACAUCAUAUUAUAUAGCCAUAUUGUAUAACCUCAUAUCAUAUAGCAGUGUAUUGUAUAACAUCAUAUUAUAUAGCCAUAUAGUAUAACCUCAUAUUAUAUAGCUGUGUAUUGUUAGACAUCAUAUUGUAUAACCUCAUAUCAUAUAGCAGUGUAUUGUAUAACAACAAAUAUCCACAAAUAAUGGCAGUGGUGUUUGGAAGUUCCGAGAAGAACAGUUUAAAUAAAGAAUUAUGGAACACUCUCUUUAAUAGAGUGUGAUGGAGUCAAUAGAACUGGGACGCUGGCAAAUCUAAUCUUAUUUUGAAAAGACCCCCAAUGGUGACAUGUCAAGUCAGUGUGUGCUGGCCUAGAGGUGCGUUUUUUAAGGUGAAUUAUUUCAUGCCCUCAUUCCAGAUUAGAUGGUAAUUCUCUCAUGUUAUAGAGCCCUUUAAACAUCUCUUAUUAUGCACACUGAUGCUAAUAUGGAUCUUCCUACCUGUAAGAUGUCCCAGUGUUGGUCUUAUAUAUGGAGGUAAACAUCCCAACGUCCAAUAAAAUAAUAGUUUAGAAUUUCUUGUUUUUUAGGCUUCUGAUGUCAUAUCUCCAGAGUUUCAGGACACAGAAACCAGACCGCCCCCAAGCAAAAGCCCCACUUGUAACUGACCCUUGCCGGUCCAACAGACCCCUCCUAUUGUGCAGAUAAUGUGUGUUAAGAGCAAGCUGCCAGGCCAUCUUUACAUGUGUUAUUCUCCACCUUCAUAAAUCAGUUACUCUACAUUGUUAUUGCGUGUUCUGGAUAUUUUUAUCAGUAGCAGGGAUCAUAAUACUGGCCGAAGGGUGCAUUCAUGAAUGUCACACUAUAUAACAAUAUAACAUCUCAUUUGUAGUUCAGACACUCCAUUCCUUCUGCUGAUUAGUGUCUGUAGUGGAGCACCCUGUACCCCGGCUGAGUACCUCUGCCAAGGACCGCUUCCAAGCUGGAACCAGGGAAAACCUCAGCGCUUCUGCCCCAGUCAUCAUGGCUUGACUGGGGUCCUCCUAGAACCUCUCCGUCCUGGAACAGGAUAAGGAACUAGCUCUAUUUUCUCCCAGUAACUAGACGACACAUAGUUCUGGGAGUGCAACUGAUUUUAAUGAGCCAAACUCGGCCUUUUCUGCACAGACCCCAGCAGGGUGUCUUCAUUGUAUUCAACACAAGCCCCUCCCAGGAAUCUCUGGGCAUGGGAGAUAAUUACGUUAAAGACGUUAAUUUUCCCAUAGGAACAGAGAACCCAACACAAAAUAUAAAAAAAAGGACCCCAAAACAUACAAUAACCCCACAUAUUAAACAUCCCCAAAUAGCCCUGAUCCAAGUGCCCAAGUUCUCCAAAUAGAGCUCAGAUACAUGCAGUGAAGGGGAAAUGCCACCGUGUUGAAGUUCUUACUGGCCGCAAAUGUGGUCCUAUGCCUAAAAUAGUUCCAGGGCGCUUGGUGCUUCUGCAGGCCAACUUUCGUGAGCUCCUGCGGCCGCAAUACGGGGUGCUCCACCUUGCUCUACGGUAGCAUUUCUUCGCCUUAGUCUCAGGCACCUUCCCUCCAAAAAGCGCUCUCCUGGUACCGCACGGUCACCUCAUGCCAAAACACAUUCUAUAAUAUUCGCAACUAUGUCUCGCUGAGGUGACUGUGAACCCACAAAGUCCUCAUGACGAAAUUGGUUCCAUAGCGGUCGCGGCUAAGUACUGCUGGGACUAUUUAUGGCUUUGGUUCAUGUGAACGUCCAGCAUCGGUUCCAUUCGUAUGAAGGGAAAGUGCCAAACCAGAGGCACCCAGGGAAAGUUGUUAAUUGCGGCUUGGCAGAGUAACUCCCAAACGGUGUCCCAAACCUUGGCCAUAGUCGGUGGGCAGGAGGCCGGCUUCCACAUUCCUCCAGGAGUCCGUGGCAAACGUACUUGUGAAGGAGUGUUUGUCACAGCGUCCUUACCUCGAUAUCCAAGAGGAAGGUGGCCUGUGUGUCGGGAUUUAGGAUGCCAGCUGUGCUUUGUCUUGUGUGUUGUGGUGGGGAUGGGACACUGACUUUUUUUUGUUAUGUAAUUUCUCUUUGAUUGUGUCUUCAGGUCCCAGUUGCGCACCCUGAGCUUCAUUUCAAAUCUGAGACUGUAUCUGGGAAGGAAUACUCCUGUGCAUCACACUGCGUCACUCAAACUGUGGUUCGCAGCUCCCACCAAAACAUGGACCAGGUGAGUCCCUUGGACAAAGCUUCAGACGUGGCCUGCUUUAUGCAUCCCUGUACAAUCGACACUUUCCUAAUGUCAUUGAUUAAACCUGCCCUUGUGUCCGUCUUUGUCAGAGAGGGGAUUAAACAAUGAAAUGUACUGUAUCAGAGAGGGGAUUGAAGCAAGGCGUGACAAAUCCCAGGUUGCCAUGGCGACCAGGAAAUUUGUCCUGGUGCCUGGGAUUUGUGAGCCUGUUCAGUUCCCGAGGUGACCUGCUGCCUGAGAGCGGAGGCGGACAGCCGGUUAAUGGAGGGCUCAAGCAGACAGGCGGGAGGCUGAUUAAGUGCUAGGGCAUCUCCCUGCUCUGCUCCCUCGCAUGCCCUGCAGAGCAGGGAGGUGAACAGAGCAGCCCCAGUGGACCCCAGGGAAUGCCGAUCCACUCCAGCUCUCCCAAAAGUAGGAAGGCUGGGUGGACACAUUUUAAGUAAACCAAUAAUAGUUUGUGAGUGUGUGAGUGCUGCAGUAUUACUGUGUGAGUGAGUGUGUGACAGUCUGUCUGUGAGUGUGUGGCUGUCAGUCUGUCUGUGAGUGUGUGGCUGUCAGUGAGACAUUGUCCGUGUGUGUCAGUGACUGUAUGUGUCUGAGAGUGUGUGCUUUUGUCUGUCUGUGAGUGAGUGUGUUUAGGUCCCCAGCCUCCCUCCAAUCACAUGGGAAAGGUGUUUUUACUCACACUUUUUUUUCCCACGCUGUGCUAAUAUUGCUCUGGCUGGCCCACCUCCAUGGCAGAGAUCAUCGAUCUUGACUAUCUCAGCCUAUCCAAUGCGACCCCUUUGGAAAGCAUUGGAAGACUAUUGCGCAUGCACGCAAAACGCCACGCUGCGCAAAUUCACAUCUACUCAUAGAGAUACAUUGAGUCAGUGCAUCCCUAUGGGGAAUAUUAAGCAUCUCCAUGUAACAGUGGCCUAGGAAGCACCUCUAGAGGCCGUCUGAGUGACUGUCGUUUCACUAACCAGCAAUAUAAACACUGCCUUUUAUCUGAAAAGUGUGCAGGGGCAGGCUAUAGACUUCAGAACAACUUCAUUAAACUGUAAUGGUAGAGGUGACUAUCGUGUCCCUUUAAGAGUUGUAUUUUUGACAUUGGAAAAAUCUGGCUCCUAAACUGGCUCUUAGAUUUGAACUAAAUUUGUCAGGCCCUGCAUUAAAUUUCUUUAAUUUUCUUUACAUUGGAAUUCACAUUCAAUGUAUGACUUGGUUUAAACUGCUUUAUAUCGGAUUGAUUGCUUCAAGCUAAAUAAACCACUUAAUGUUCGAUUAAAAAAAAAAUUAGAAUGAAUAAUGCCAUUAGGCCACGAUUUUAAUAUUUUUGGAUGAGCUUAAAGGGACAUUCUAGGCAUCAAAACAACUUUAGCUGAAUGAAGCAGUUUUGGUAUAUAGCUCAUACCUCUGCAGUCUCACUGCUAAAUCUUCUGCCAUUUAGGAGUUAAAUCACUUUGUUUCUGUUCAUGCAGCCCUAGCCACACCUCCCCUGGCUAUGAUUGACAGAGCCUGCAUGAAAAAAAGUGUUUAAUUUUCAUUUAGAUAUUAACUUGCUUUAGAAGUUUUUAUCUCCUGUUCUGUAAAUGUAACUUUACUCACACUCAGGAGGCAGGAGGCACCUGCAGGGUCUAGAAGGGUACUAACAGAACAGAAGAUAAAAAAAAAAAAAAUUAAAAGAAAAGUAAACCGAAUGUUCAAUAAGGGACGUUUACACGUGAGAUCUUUCUUUACAGGAAGUGUUUAGGAAGGCUGUGUCACAUGCAGGGAGGGCUGCAUAAACAAAGUGAUAUAACUUCUAAAUGACAAUGAAUUGAGCAAUGAGAUUGCAGGGACAUGAUCUGUAUGACAAAUCUCCUCCAUUAAAGGACCACUAUAGUGCCGGGAAAACAUACUCGUUUUCCUGGCACUAUAGUGCCCUGAGGGUGCCCCCACCCUCAGGGACCCCCUCCCGCCCGGCUCUGGAAGGGGGAAAGGGGUAAAAACUUACCUUUUUCUAGCGCUGGGGGGAGAGCUCUCCUCCUCCGAUCCUCCUCUUCUCCUCCUCGUCGGCUGAAUGCGCACGCACGGCAAGAGCUGUGCGCGCAUUCAGCCGGUAACAUAGGAAAGCAUUAUCAAUGCUUUCCUAUGGACACUGGCGUGCUCUCACUGUGAAUAUCACAGUGAGCAUCACGCAAGCGCCUCUAGCAGCUGUCAAUGAGACAUCCACUAGAGGAAAUAGGGGAAGGCUUAACCCAUUCAUAAACAUAGCAGUUUCUCUGAAACUGCUAUGUUUAUGAAAAAAUGGGUUAACCCUAGCUGGACCAGGCACCCAGACCACCUCAUUAAGCUGAAGUGGUCUGGGUGCCUAGAUUGGUCCUUUAAGCUGAAUUUGUUUUGUUGCCUACAGUGUCCGUUUUAUAUUUUUGGAUAAACUUUUAAAAUUAUCUAAUACUUUGAAAAAUAAUUGAAUAUCUUAACAUUUUUAUAUUUUUUAAUAUAUUGAGAAAUAUAUAUAUAUUUUACAUUUGAUAUAUAUGAAUAUUUUGAAAAAAUAAUUUUAAAAGCUCAUCCAAAAAUAUUAAAUAAUUUGAAAAGUAUAAAAUCAAGGUCUUACAUUGGAUAUAUUGCUGUGUAAAUUGUGCAACUUUUCAUCCGUAGUUUUCUGUUGGUGUUACGUCAACAGCAAUUUAAUUUCACUAUUUACUAAGCAAGUCUUUUAAUGUGCUCAUGAUUUUAAAGAUUCACAAUUUUUUUAAAUUUAUUUUUUAUAAUUUUUGCCCCUUUAUGAUGGCCCCCAUAUUUUAUAAAACUCCUGCUUGGCUGGGAGAAGUCAUAGGGGAUAUGUAGAUUGUAAGCUCACGGGCAGGCCCUCUACCUGUUUCAGUCUGUUCUUAUUGGCCCUGCCAGAUAGGAGUUUCAGAGCAGCACCUAGCAGAUCUCAGAGGGGGCCAAGUAGUUGCUGCUUGAGUUACAGGAGCAUCAGCCACAAACUUUGAAGAAUUAUUGGAUGUUUCACAUAGAAUAAUCUCAAAAAUAAUUCCAGCAAGUGCCACGGGUGGGCAAAGGGGAAGUGUUCUUUGAAGCUUACUGACAGCGAUAAAUAAAAAAUCUCAGGGUGAGUUUUAGUUGCUAGAGACAGACAGUGUAAGAUCUCUUCCUGUAUCUUCCUGCAUAACAUCUAAUGUUCCCCUUUCCUAAGGUUUCCCAUUUCUAAGUAAUAAGGUUCCGUCAUAGUUUAUUCAAUCAAUCUGCUUAAACGAACACUUCAAGUGACAGACACACUCACUGACAGAUACUCACAGACAGACACACACACGCUCACUGACAGAAACACACACACAUUUACAUAUUCUUGCACUCACAUCAUUUUAUUUAUUACUCCCUACCUUUGGGAGCUAGUGUGGGCCCUUUUCUGUCUGGAAAUCUCCUUCCUGAUCUUCACUGCUCCCUCACGCUCGCAGUUUAGUGAUGCCGGGUGCCAGAGUACGACAAAUUCCAGCCCCCGGCAUCACUAGAGACGGCGAGCGCAAGGGAGCAGUGAGGAGCAGGAAGACAGAGCUCCCUCGCUGCCGCCAGGAACCUCUCAUCCCCGGCCGGGUAACCUAUAGCAGAUUGACUUGCGGCUCGCUGGGCUGCAAAGUGUCCAUUGUGGGCUUCGAGUUUGACAUGCUUGCUGUAGAGUAAAGCAUCGCUGCACAGGACUGUUUGGCUGAGAGUGAUCAGCUGAUGCUUGGAACCAAUGAACUCAGCCCUGCAUAUUCCUGCAUUGUUUUAUAGAGAAUGCUGGAUACAGCGGAUGUGGCCACAAGUUGUUCUGCUAAAAUGGAUACUUCUGACACCAUAACUAGGACAGCACAGAGUGUAGUGGUUAUGGUGCUUUGCGUAUUCCAUGUUUGUUUGUGAUGUUUUUGUCUUUUUUCUUCUUUUCUUUACUGAAAGUGUGUUGCUUUCCUCCCUUGUUCACAUUAGAUUGUCCUUAAUUUCCUGGAGCAGAAUAAGAAGCUGAUUGGGGAUAAUGUGUCCGUCCAGUGUGCUGCGCAGUGCUCAGGGUCAUGCAAUAUUACACAGGGCAUGGUGAAACAGGUGAGUAUAAAGGGAUCCUCCCUGAGUGCUGCCAUCGGGGGAAGUGUUUAUCUAACGGCAAAUCACACACCGCUUUCAGAAUGCAUUAACAAAUUGUCAUCAUGGAGUGCGCAUGUGCUCCUAGCUCCUUAGAGCGUGCUAUCAGGCAUGGCGGGAGGAGUUGACAGUUUUCAUUUGAGUUAAUCUGGGUGCAGUACAGUGAGGUAGUGGGAGAGGGUCAAAGGCAGACAAAAGAAUGGGAGGGAGGAUGAGGAUCACAUCGAUGUGGGGGGAGAAUAGGAACACUUGGUGAUGGACGGAGGGUAUCACAUGGAUGGGGGAUAGAAGAGGAGGAUAGAUUUACAGAGAUAAACACAUUUCCACAAAACGACAGGCCACAGAGGACCAUUUCUUUUUCCAUUGAUCGUGUAGUGAUAAAGUGAUGUCCUCUCUUCAGAUGAAAGCACCUAUAAGUCUCUUCAUUAAUCGUUUUGCAGGUUGUUAUUAUCUUAAUGGAGCCUCCCAAGCACACCCCUCCCAGCACGUCUCAGGAACCCUCCCACAGCUUGACCACCAGCACCCAGACUGAGCGAACACGGGGACCAGAGGAUGUGCCCCAUCUUGCCAAGCACAGUCCCCCAAAAUUGUGCCAGGAGCCCCGGCACACUGUGAGCUCCUGCACCCAGACUGAGGUAUCUGAGCUCGGAAAAAGACAAGUCAUACAAACUAGAACGCAGCUUGAUUCAUAUAGUGCAUUGCACAUGGGAUAUUUUCCAUAUCUAUAGCCAGUACCUGUAUUGUCCUUGUACACAGUCUGUAUAUUAUUGGUACCCAUAAUGCCCCUUAACCUAGUCUGUGCAGAGUCCGUCUCUAGCCAUUACCUUUAAUACACCUGUACCUGCCCUGCACAUUGUGUUUCUUAAUAGCCUGUCUAUCUAUGAACAGCUUCCCCUAGUGCUGGCUUGUGAUCACUCUGUAUUUGCAGCUCAGCAUGGAGUAUCUGCAGAAACACCUCAGGAAUCCUAAGGAAGAAGCCGCAAGCAGCUCGUACUUCCCACAAAGACCCCACUUCUGCCAGAAACAUGCACAGUGUGACCCCUGCUUUCUGACGCCUUCCAUAAACCAGGUGAGUCGCUCCCAUGGGGAUUCUACAUCCGCCUGUCAAUUGUCUGUGGGUCAAUUAAUAUGAAAAUUACAAACUCUUUUGACACAGAAAAAGAUUUGUAAACAUGAAGUCACCGUACUUAACUUACCGUGUUAAUCCUGUCUGUCACUGACGGUGAACCUCCCCUGUCUGUCACUGACUGUGAACCUCCCCUGUCUGUCACUUACUGUGAACCUCCCCUGUCUGUCACUGACUGUGAACCUCCCCUGUCUGUCACUGACUGUGAACCUCCCCUCUCUGUCACUGACUGUGAACCUCCCCUGUCUGUCACUGACUGUGCAUCAUCCCCCUGUCUGUCACUGACUGUGAACCUCCCCUGUCUGUCACUGACUGUGAACCUCCCCUGUCUGUCACUGACUGUGAACCAUCCCCCUGUCUGUCACUGACUGUGCAUCAUCCCCCUGUCUGUCACUGACUGUGAACCAUCCCCCUGUCUGUCACUGACUGUGAACCAUCCCCCUGUCUGUCACUGACUGUGAACCAUCCCCCUGUCUGUCACUGACUGUGAACCUCCCCCUGUCUGUCACUGACUGUGAACCUCCCCCUGUCUGUCACUGACUGUGCAUCUCCCCUGUCUGUCACUGACUGUGAACAUCCCCUGUCUGUCACUGACUGUGAACCAUCCCCCUGUCUGUCACUGACUGAAUCUCCUGUUUAUUUUCUUGUAGUAUGUUGACAGUUUACUGGCACAGCACAAAGUACCUCUCCAAGAGUCCUCACACAGCUGUUGCAUUUCAGCCUCUACCUCCCAGUGUUCCUGCCAUCAGUCCACUCCAUUCGUAAAACAGGUCUGUCCGCCCCUUUGCCCCUUCAGUUCUGCUUUGUUUAUGUAUCUCUCAGCCCCUUUAUACACUGACCCUGUCAUUUAAAGCAAGCAUGCUGUUAAUUAAAGGAGCACUCCACACACACACAUAAAGCACAGUCAUAUUUGUGGCACUUUAUAAAAGAGAGGAUUUCAGUAGAAUAUUUUUAGGGGUUCUUGUUUGCUUCUGUUCGAUCCACAGAGCUAAUGGGAGCGGCUAGUGUGCUGGGCUAGUGUGCUCCUGCUUUCCCCUUUCUUAAUGACUUGUAUUAUAGCUCACUGAGAAGCAUUGGAAAGCCGCGUUGCCCGCGCAGUCGCAGAUGCACACAAUCAGCUUCUCAAUGGGAAGCCUGUUACCGGUCGUGCUGGGAAUAAAGACGAGGGCUUAUGAAGGCUGCAGACAGCAGGUCCACACCUAUUGCUAAAGAAAACAUGCAGAAAAAAAUCCAUGCAUGUUUCCUUUGGGGAUAUAUCUAUAAGUGGCAUUUGAGGAUAUUGCUUUGUACAAAGUGCUAAAAAAGUAAAUAUAGGGCUCACCCAAACUGUCGAGCUGAUCAGACAGAUCUCGAGAGUGCUCCGAGAGAAACGCUCAUAAUUCAUGCCUUUAUCAAUGUAUUUACAGCAUCUAAAAUAAUCAGAUAAAGUGCCCUCUGGGAUUCCCCAGCUCAUAUCAUUUUGAAGCAGCUCCGAUCACAUUUAGAGGAUCCUGAACACGGCAGGUCUGCGGCCUACUCAACAUGGGUGAGAGGGAGGCAGCCCAUCUCUCUGUCUUUAGACUUAGCAAAGUCCACUUGUGUCUACCCCCCGCAACGCAUGCCGGUGUGGGUUAUCUGGGAACUUACUGUUAUUGUUGUGCCCAAGCAGCAAGAGUGUUGUCUCCUUUCAAAUGGCGGACGCCGUGAGCUCACUUGAUUUCAGAGGCCUCUCGUCUCAAAUUCUGUCCAAAACCAGUUGAUUUUUUGGGUCAUGCUUCCUCGCCGACGUCAUCCCCUCGUACCAAAGCAGCUGAUGCCUACCUGAGAAUCUGGUGCUAAGUGAAUGGGAUGGGGAGGUUUAUCCACAGGAGGGCAAAGACUCUGUCACGACCCUGGAGGCCCUGAAAAUAGUUAGCACUGUCUCAAAUGGGAGCAGAGUUCUCGGGUUGAUGCCAUAUUGGACACAAUACUUACCUGGUGACAGGGACAUGUGAGCCUCUCCCAGCAUUCCUGGCUGUCUACAUCGGGGCCUAAGGUCCUCUGGGUUUAUGCUUUUGUGCGGGUCUGUGUUCUACCUUUGGAGGGAAUCAGUUAACCAUAUUCCAGGCAUCCUGCAUGUGCUGGGCUACACAGCGUUAGCCAUGACACUAGGGUUUGCUUAUGCUUCACAUUGUUUUCCAUGUUAUGUGCUGUAAGCAGUUAAUAUUUGUUUAUAUAUACAUAUUAUUCUGAUUUGCCCCAGCUAAAUUGGUGCAGUUAUACUGCACCAGUUCAGCUUUAUUGUUAAUAUCACUGCAUACUAUACUGUCCACCUUCUGCUUUGCUCAUAGAACACUCAACCCCUCAAUGCACUUACAUGGUGUGCAAUGCAUAUCCCAUGCUUGUCGAUCAAGUCUAAAUAUAUUUUCAAUGGAGUGUUCCCAUGCACGUGAUAUUCCCAGCAUUUCCUUAAGGGGUUAAUAUUAUUUUUACUAAUCUCCAUGUUUAACAAACAUGUAUUUGGAUUUCUACGUUAUGAUUACAUUUUUCACACCACACACACGUUUAUCCUGUAACUGGGCGCCUCCAUCUUAGCUCCCUGUCAAUCAUUGUUAUAAGCUCCGCCCUUUACACCUGGCAGUCAGUAUAGAGAGAGCCGCCUCCAUCUUAGCUCCCUGUCAAUCAUUGUUAUAAGCUCCGCCCUUUACACCUGGCAGUCAGUAUAGAGAGAUCCACCUCCAUCUUAGCUCCCUGUCAAUCAUUGUUAUAAGCUCCGCCCUUUACACCUGGCAGUCAGUAUAGAGAGAGCCACCUCCAUCUUAGCUCCUGUCAGUCAUUGUUAUAAGCUCCACCCUUUACACCUGGCAGUCAGUAUAGAGAGAGCCACCUCCAUCUUAGCUCCCUGUCAAUCAUUGUUAUAAGCUCCGCCCUUUACACCUGGCGGUCAGUAUAGAGAGCCACCUCCAUCUUAGCUCCCUGUCAAUCAUUGUUAUAAGCUCCGCCCUUUACACCUCUCAGUCAGUAUAGAGAGAGCCACCUCCAUCUUAGCUCCCUGUCAAUCAUUGUUAUAAGCUCAGCCCUUUACACCUGGCAGUCAGUAUAGAGAGAGCCGCCUCCAUCUUAGCUCCCUGUCAAUCAUUGUUAUAAGCUCCGCCCAUUACACCUGGCAGUCAGUAUAGAGAGAGCCGCCUCCAUCUUAGCUCCCUGUCAAUCAUUGUUAUAAGCUCCGCCCAUUACACCUCACAGUCAGUAUUGAGAGAGCCGCCUCCAUCUUAGCUCACUGUCAAUCAUUGUUAUAAGCUCCGCCCAUUACACCUGGCAGUCAGCAUAGAGAGAGCCACCUCCAUCUUAGCUCCCUGUCAGUCAUUGUUAUAAGCUCCGCCCUUUACACCUGGCAGUCAGUAUAGAGAGAGCCGCCUCCAUCUUAGCUCCCUGUCAGUCAUUGUUAUAAGCUCCGCCCUUUACACCUGGCAGUCAGUAUAGAGAGAGCCGCCUCCAUCUUGGCUCCCUGUCAAUCAUUGUUAUAAGCUCCGCCCUUUACACCUGGCAGUCAGUAUAGAGAGAGCCACCUCCAUCUUAGCUCCCUGUCAAUCAUUGUUAUAAGCUCCGCCCUUUACACCUGGCAGUCAGUAUAGAGAGAGCCACCUCCAUCUUAGCUCCCUGUCAAUCAUUGUUAUAAGCUCCGCCCUUUACACCUGUCAGUCAGUAUAGAGAGAGCCGCCUCCAUCUUAGCUCCCUGUCUAUGAUUGUUAUAAGCUCUGCCCCUGGCAGUCAGCAUAGAGAGAGCAUACAGAGGGGAGGAGAAAUGAAACGAUGGUACUAUUUCUCCUUCCCAGCACAAUGUGUGCCUGGUUUGAAGUAAACCUAGCAUCUCAUGAAAUAAUGUUAAAAUGCGUUCCGGGUGAUUUUCCUCUUUUUACUCUGUGCUGUAAAUGCCAGAGAAGUUUCAGUCCCCCAUAACUCUACCUUAUAUUUUUAAAUUCUGAGAAAAAGCAACAAAUGAGCCCAGCAUACCGUGUUUUUGUAUUAUUGCAUUUCUGUUAAGUAUAAAAUGUUUAAAGGACAACAUGCACAUUUUGUUUACUGUUUUCUGUUAAUUUGCAGAUAAUCAUUAAUUUCCUGGAGCAGGGCAAUAACCCUGUGAAGCUGGACGUGCCCACUCAACAGACCUCUAGGGACCAGUCGCCCCCUGCAGACUCCAGACAACAGCACAUGGAAACUCAGGUGGGACGGGGGACCGUGAUAGUGGGGGCUACUGUACAGAUAGAUGAUAUUGUUAAUGCAGAGGACUAUGGAAACUCAGGUGGGACGGGGGACCGUGAUAGUGGGGGCUACUGUACAGCUAGCUGAUAUUGUUAAUGCAGAGGACUAUGGAAACUCAGGUGGGACGGGGGACCGUGAUAGUGGGGGCUACUGAACAGCUAGCUGAUAUUGUUAAUGCAGAGGACCAGGGAAACUCAGGUGUGACGGGGGACCGUGAUAGUGGGGGCUACUGUACAGCUAGCUGAUAUUGUUAAUGCAGAGGACCAUGGAAACUCAGGUGGGACGGGGGACCGUGAUAGUGGGGGCUACUGUACAGCUAGCUGAUAUUGUUAAUGCAGAGGACCAUGGAAACUCAGGUGGGACCGGGGACCGUGAUAGUGGGGGCUACUGUACAGCUAGCUGAUAUUGUUAAUGCAGAGGACUAGGGAAACUCGGGUGGGACAGGGGACCGUGAUAGUGGGGGCUACUGUACAGCUAGCUGAUAUUAUUAAUGCAGAGGACUUUACAUCAAGACUUCUUUGUUUUUUUUUAACCCCUUGAGUGACAGAGUUUUGCCCAUCAGGCAACGUGACGUGCUUUCCGUAAUGAUUCUUAGUCUGGUAUUGCAGUCACAAUGGUCCCUUAAUCCACAGCAACAUUUGUGGGGUUUCUUUUUACAGACACAUGAAGAACAUUUACAAAUAAAUCUCAGGAAUCCCAGAGAUCUAUCAGAACACCUGCCUUCCGAUUCAGAAGCCCCCACAGAGUAUCCUCCCUCACCACCUUCAGCAACCACCUUUCUGACAGGAUCUUUAAAAGCGGUACCACACGUUAUCCUGUAUCGUUACAUUAUGUUUGUAUGGUAUAGCACAUUAAAAUAGGAUAAAACCAGUGAGAGAUUGUUCUGUUCCCUGUCGCAUGCUAGCUUGUCUUUCUGUUACUAGAUAUUGUUUGAAAACUAGCGCUCUAUAGACUAUAGGUGGCCAACCUUUUCUGUCCUACAUUCCCCAUAAUUCGCUACUGGCGCUCCAAUGGCAUGCCUGACCUAUACACCUUCUCCAAGAGCCAGAUCCUGUGCCCUAGAUCCAGUGACUAUGGAUGAGGGCAGAUUGGUCACUGCUGGUUUAGUUUCCAGCAUAACCGAAUGAAUUCUGCGUCUUUAUUGUAGGAGGAUGGGAUGGAGCCCCUCUCCCUGAAGAUCCAUGAAUGUCCCUCUGAAUUUGAGUCUCAGUGCAACUAUGAACUCCACAGGGUAAUGUGUUCUGUGUAACAUGAUCUCUUAGAGGAAAAUCAGCAUUUGAUGUGUUAUGGUGUGUUUGUGUGUGUGUGUGUGUCUGUGUCUCAGAAUUUCAAGUUCUACGCGAUUAGCCAGGCAUUAAAUUUACAAGCCACUGCAAGCCUGGAGGGUUAAUGGCACACCCACCAGAGGUGAGGUUCUGCUCGCCAGGGCUAUUAUUUGCUCUCUUUACCCAGUUAGUUGGGGCCUAUGUUCGUGUCCCAGUGCUGAAGACAUGGAGAAAUCAUGAGGUGAUUGUCUCGUCAUUUUUUCCUUAGGAUUUGGUGACAUUUGAGGACAUUGCUGUGUAUUUCUCAAAGGACGAAUGGAAGCUGUUAGGGGAUGAAGAAAAGGAACUGUACAAAGAAGUAAUGAUGGAAAAUUACCACAACUUAUGUUCUCUGGGUACGUAUGUUAGAUGUAUAGCUGGGGCAGUUACUGGCUCUCUGGGUAAUGGCUGUUAGAUGUAUAGCUGGGGCAGUUAUUGGCUCUCUGGGUAAUGGCUGUUAGAUGUAUAGCUGGGGCAGUUAUUGGCUCUCUGGGUAAUGGCUGUUAGAUGUAUAGCUGGGGCAGUUACUGGCUCUCUGGGUAAUGCUGUUAGAUGUAUAGCUGGGGCAGUUAUUGGCUCUGGGUAAUGGCUGUUAGAUGUAUAGCUGGGGCAGUUAUUGGCUCUCUGGGCGCUGUUAGAUGUAUAGCUGGGGCAGUUACUGGCUCUGGGUAAUGGCUGUUAGAUGUAUAGCUGGGGCAGUUACUGGCUCUCUGGGUAAUGGCUGUUAGAUGUAUAGCUGGGGCAGUUAUUGGCUCUCUGGGUAAUGGCUGUUAGAUGUAUAGCUGGGGCAGUUAUUGGCUCUCUGGGUAAUGGCUGUUAGAUGUAUAGCUGGGGCAGUUAUUGGCUCUCUGGGUAAUGGCUGUUAGAUGUAUAGCUGGGGCAGUUAUUGGCUCUCUGGGUAAUGGCUGUUAGAUGUAUAGCUGGGGCAGUUAUUGGCUCUCUGGGUAAUGGCUGUUAGAUGUAUAGCUGGGGCAGUUAUUGGCUCUCUGGGUAAUGGCUGUUAGAUGUAUAGCUGGGGCAGUUAUUGGCUCUCUGGGUAAUGGCUGUUAGAUGUAUAGCUGGGGCAGUUAUUGGCUCUCUGGGUAAUGGCUGUUAGAUGUAUAGCUGGGGCAGUUAUUGGCUCUCUGGGUAAUGGCUGUUAGAUGUAUAGCUGGGGCAGUUACUGGCUCUCUGAUCCAGUUCACAUAAAGUGGGUGUGGUGAUUGGGCACAGUGAGUCCCACGUGGUGUCUCAUGGGAUUGAAAUGCUCCUGUCUGGUACAUGUUGGUAAUCCCAGUUAUAGGCUUUGUAUGUGGAGAUCAGCUAUAAGCGAUACGUUCCUUAUUCUGCUAACACUCCUCUUACAGGGUAUUCGAAAGAAAAGCCAGACCUCAUCGUGUGCAUUGAAAAUGAGCAGCUCGACCUGUGGAAGAACAGUGGCCGUGAUUGCAAGGACCGCCAAGCUGAGUGGGGUGAGAGGAGUUUGGUGUAGUUUUUAACAAAGUCUUGGUUUGAUAUUUAGCGCUGAUAUUAUUUAAUGGAUAGACUGGACAGGGUACUAUAUUGUCAGUGUUCCAAUGUAGAGCUUUUUUACUGUGUGUUUGUGUACUGCUGCACACACUGUGUACUAAUGUCUUCUCCUGGUUUUCUAUGGGCACAGAGGAGGAUCAUUGGUGCCCCCUAGACAUGGAUGUAGAGGUGACCCACUGUCUGGAUAGAAAAGACACACAGAAGCCGCAACGCACCGCUGACAGAGGUAAGUAAUUGUAGACAGCUGGAAUAUGAAAAUAUGACUAAAAGGAGGGGAUUAUGUGAUAUACGUUUAUUUAAUUCAUUAUGUACUCCCAAAUGUAGACACAAUUUGAUUGAGUUUAUAGAUUGAGGAAGUCAAAUAGCAUUGGAAAUCAUGGCUGUGUUUACAUUACAUUGUAAAAGAAUGAACUAAUGGCAUUCAUGAGAUUAGGGUUCUCGUUUGUUCCUGGGAAUGAAGGGCGCUGUGGAGGUGUAAUUUAGAAUAUGGGAUUAUAUUCUGGUGACUACGUUACUGUAGAUAUGUUUUCUGUAAUGAACAGAAGGUUAAUAAAUCAGGUAUUGAUUCUCAUAUCCUGUAAAAGGCAUGUGGUGGGUUUGGAUAAUUCUUCUCAACAUCACAAAUUAUUUCAGUUUUUGGCAUUAUACUAACAGUGGGCUGAUGGUUAUUCUUUAUUACAUUCUAAAAGAAGUUUCAAUAGUGAUAGGACCCCCUGUUAAGGCACUGCAUAAUGAUCUAUUGCUUUCAUUGGGCAGCAUCUGCAGAGGGCAGCAGUCACAUUGGUGCCCUGAUGAGGUUGGUGAAUGAAAUUCCUGGAUUCCUGCUUGGCAGCUCCGUUACUGAUGGCAGCAUGUCUCCUGCUGAGAGCCUGGAAGAGCACGAAAACCUCGGACCAAUUUCAGAGAGUAAGUCACCUCCCAGUAUAGAAUCUCUCGCUGUGUAUUACUGAGACCCACUCCGUAUAAUCUGUGUCUCUUUGAUAGAAUCUCUCGCUGUGUAUUACUGAGACCCACUCCGUAUAAUCUGUGUCUCUUUGAUAGAAUCUCUCGCUGUGUAUUACUGAGACCCACUCCGUAUAAUCUGUGUCUCUUUGAUAGAAUCUCUCGCUGUGUAUUACUGAGACCUGCUCCGUAUAAUCUGUAUCUCCCCGUAUAGAAUCUCUCGCUGUGUAUUAGGGAGACCUGCUCCGUAUAAUCUGUGUCUCCCUGUAUAGAAUCUCUCGCUGUGUAUUAGGGAGACCUGCUCCGUAUAAUCUGUGUCUCUCCGUAUAGAAUCUCUCGCUGUGUAUUACUAAGACCUGCUCUGUAUAAUCUGUAUCUCCCCGUAUAGAAUCACUCAAUGUGUAUUACUGAGCCCCACUCCAUAUAAUCUGUAUCUCUCCGUAUAGAAUCACUCAAUGUGUAUUACUGAGACCUGCUCCGUAUAAUCUGUAUCUCUCCGUAUAGAAUCACUCAAUGUGUAUUACUGAGACCUGCUCCGUAUAAUCUGUAUCUCUCCGUAUAGAAUCACUCAAUGUGUAUUACUGAGACCUGCUCCGUAUAAUCUGUAUCUCUAUGUAUAGAAUCUCUUGCUGUGUAUUACUGAGCCCAUCUCCAUAUAAUCUGUAUCUCUACGUAUAGAAUCUCUCGCUGUGUAUUACUGAGACCUGCUCCGUAUAAUCUGUAUCUCCCCGUAUAGAAUCACUCAAUGUGUAUUACUGACACCCGCUCCGUAUAAUCUGUAUCUCCCCGUAUAGAAUAUCUCGCUGUGUAUUACUGAGACCUGCUCCGUAUAAUCUGUAUCUCCCCGUAUAGAAACACUCAAUGUGUGUUACUGACACCCGCUCCUUAUAAUCUGGAUCCCCCGUAUAGGAUCACUCAAUGUGUAUUACUGAGACCCACUCCAUAUAAUUUGUAUCUCCUAGUAUAUCAUUACUCACUGUGUAUUAUUUUCAUUUAGUUAAAACUGAAGAAAGCUCCCCAGCCUGCAUUCCAGUUUCUCUCCAUGUCCCCCACCUGAGAGACACACCAGAUAUAUACUCUGUCAACCGGAGGAUGGUGAAGAAUAUUGAGCCUGUUCUAAUUACGUCUGUGACCAAAACAGAGGAAUCUAAAACAGGCAAGUUACCCCCAAGAUGGCAUUCGCUCAGCCUACAGACUGUCUGUAAUUUACCCUCAAGUGGAUUUUAGCUCAGGAUCCAUUCCGUCUGCAGGUGGGAGAGGGGAGAAUAAUAGCUCAGGAUCAGGUGUGCAGGUUACCCCUGGGGGAAAGUAAUAGCUCAGGAUCCUGUGUGCAGGUUACACCGGGGGGAGAAUAAUGGCUCAGGAUCCUGUGUGCAGGUUACCCCGGGGGGAGAGUAAUAGUUCAGCAUUGUGUGUGCAGGCUACUCCUGGGAGAGAGUACUAACUCAGGAUUGUGUGUGCAGGUUACUCCUGGAGAGAGUAAUAGCUCAUGAUCCUCUGUGCAGGUUACCCCGGGGGGGGGGGAGUAAUGGCUCAGGAUCCUGUGUGCAGGUUAUCCCGGGGGGAGCGUAAUAGCUCAGGAUCGUGUGUGCAGGUUAUCCUGGGGGGAGAGUAAAAGCUCAGGAUCCUAUGUGCAGGUUACUCCUGGGAGAGAGUAAUAGCUCAGGAUUCUGUGUGCAGGUUAGCCCGGGGGGGAGAUUAAUAGCUCAGGAUCGUGUGUGCUUGUCAUCCCUGGGGGAGAUUAAUAGUUCAGGAUUGUGCGUGCAGGUUACUCCUGGGAGAGAGUAAUAGCACAGGAUCCUGUGUGCAGGUUACACCGGUGGGAGAGUACUAACUCAGGAUUGUGUGUGCAGGUUACUCCUGCAGAGAGUAAUAGCUCAGGAUCCUCUGUGCAGGUUACACCGGGGGGGAGAGUAAUGGCUCAGGAUUCUGUUUGCAGGUUCCCCAAGGGGGAGAGUAAUAGCUCAGGAUCCUGUGUGCCGAUUACCCCGUGGGGGGAGUAAUUGCUCAGGAUCCUGUGUGCAGGUUACCCCUGGGGGAGAGUAAUAGCUCAGGAUCCUGUGUGCAGGUUACCCCUGGGGGAGAGUAAUAGCUCAGGAUCCUGUGUGCAGGUUACUCCUGGGGAAGCGUAAUAGCUCAGGAUCCUGUGUGCAGGUUACCCCUGGGGGAGAGUAAUGGCUCAGGAUCCUGUGUGCAGGUUACCCCGGGGGGAGAGUAAUGGCUCAGGAUCCUGUGUGCAGGUUACUCCUGGGGAAGCGUAAUAGCUCAGGAUCCUGUGUGCAGGUUACCCCGGGGGGAGAGUAAUGGCUCAGGAUCCUGUGUGCAGGUUACCCCGGGGGGAGAGUAAUAGCUCAGGACUCUGUGUGCAGGUUACCCCGGGGGGAGAGUAAUGGCUCAGGAUCCUGUGCGCAGGUUAGCCCGGGGGGAGAGUAAUGGCUCAGGAUCCUGUGUGCAGGUUACCCCGGGGGGAGAGUAAUAGCUCAGGACUCUGUGUGCAGGUUACCCCGGGGGGAGAGUAAUGGCUCAGGAUCCUGUGCGCAGGUUAGCCCGGGUGGAGAGUAAUAGCUGGUGCUGGUCACCCCCGGGGGAGAGUAAUAGUUCAGGAUUGUGUGUGCAGGUUACUCCUGGGAGAGAGUAAUAGCUCAGGAUCCUGUGUGCAGGUUACACUGGUGGGAGAGUACCAACUCAGGAUUGUGUGUGCAGGUUACUCUUGGAGAGAGUAAUAGCUCGGAUCCUGUGUGCAGGUUAUCCCGCGGAGAGAGUAAUAGCUCAGGAUCGUGUGUGCUGGUCACCCCCGGGGGAGAGUAAUAGUUCAAGAUUGUGUGUGCAGGUUACUCCUGGGAGAGAGUAAUAGCUCAGGAUCCUGUCUGCCAGUUACACCGGGGAGAGAGUAAUAGCUCAGGAUCCUGUGUGCAGGUUACCCUGCGGGGAGAGUAAUAGCACAGAAUAUUAUAGUAUAACAGAAUAUAAUAGUAUAUUGUACUUUACUGGUCAGAUCCAUGGCACCACAGCAAUGGGUAGCUCCUCCCUAUCCCUAAUUAGACAGGAACCUAAAAAAACAAAAAACAGAAUGUAUAAGUAACCCCUCCUACCCUUCCCACCCUCAAUCGUUUUGUUCCUGUCCUAUCCCUAGGACAGACUUAGUCAUUCUAAGACUAGAAUUUUUUUUCUUUUUGGCUUACAUGAGUGUUACCUUCUGCCUCAAGGGAGCUUAGCCUCUCUCUUACUUGGGAAGUCUUCGGUACAUGUUCAAAGGUGACCCCCUGGAGAAACCCCGUUAGUGACCAGGGUUUUUACUUGCUGUGACCCUAGAGGUAGCAAGACCAUGCAAUCACCAUAAUUCCUGCAGUGACCCAAGGAGUAGCAGGCAGGGCAGGCAUAUACAGAGCAUAUAUAUGGCUAUAACCCCUUCUAUCCUUCAUUGGUUUCAUCUAAACGGUAAGAGUUUCCUGCUAAUUUGAAUUUCAAUCAAAUGUAUUCCUUGGCCUUUGUGUAUUUUAAUUUGCCACUGGAGUGACUUUUUCUUCACCUUCUGUUAUGUCUUUUAAUAUAGCAGCUGGAUUAACUGAUUCCUAGGCCUCUGUUGGGUUGUAGCCCCUGGAUUCACUUAUUCCUAAACCUCUGUUAAGCCUUUUAAUCUUGCAGCUGGUUCAGUUAAGUGUGGUGAGAUAGCUCAGUGGGUUAAUACUUUAUCAGAAUGAUUUGUUCAACCCUUGGGGGUCGCAGGUUGUAAUUUUUUUUAUUUUAUUUUUAAUUCUUUAUUUUUGUCAAUGACAUAGACUGUCAAUGUAACACUGUAUGGCUUGUGCAAAUGCCUUGUUGCAGUAAAGAUAACAUUGUAUACAUGGUACAGAAAGGAAAAUGGAGUGGUUAAUACAUGCAGUGGUUAAUAAAUGCAGCAUGUCAUUCAAUACUGGGUGGUUUGUUCACAGUCAGUCAAGGUUUUUUUUUUGGUUUUUUUUUGUAAAAUAACAUACACUAGCAUUCUGGCGCAACAAUGGCCUUACAAACAAUGACCGUUCCUUAAAGAGUACAUUGGAUCCCCCGACAGAACGAUAUAUAGUGGAGUUACAGAGUGCGAACCAUCAGUCACGGGGUGUGCCUUUGGCAUUUUGUUAUAAUUUUUCCUAGUGCCUUUGAGUACUGAGCCGCUGGGCUCACUGAUUCUAAAUAUUAGUAUUCUAAUAUGCAUUUGCCACUUUAUUCACUAUUUCUAGGCCUCUGCGAUUUUUAUACCUUGUGAUUUCUCUUGUGCAGUCACAGCUAUCUGCCACUUUUAUUGCAUUAUUAUGUGCUUCUAUGUUUGUUUUUAGGCAUUCACUAACUUUAUUAUUCUAUUUCUAUGUCUCUGUACUUGGUAAUAGGUUAUUUGCUGUUCUGUUCCUCUAUCUCAACCUUUUGACGUGUUUUAUUAUUGGUCCCUAGGUUUUUAUACUUACUUGGGUGCCCAUUCAGGUUUUUUCCUCUGCAUUUAAUCUCCGCGAAUACGCAGGCGCUAGCCUAAUGGUCGCGCCAUGCCAUUUCUGUACAUGCGCGGAUAUCUGAUUCGCUCGUGUGUAUUCUGAAAUGUAAGUUCAGUUGCGGUGGUUGCAGGGUCGUAUUGGCUUCCCCUUUUCAGCACAAUGUUUCUUAUAGUUUUCUAUAUUAAGUAAGGAGAUUUGUGUGCAGUUUUCAUCCUAUUUGAAUUCUCCUUUUUGGUUUUGGUAAGUUUUUCUUUAUUGAAGGUAUAUUACAUAUUUUUCUGUAUAUAUCAAUCUCUACUUGUUUAGCAGAGAUUUGCUUUGUUAAGGAUAAAAAGGAAUCUUAUGUAGUUAUGGAUUCAGAUCCCUCUGUUCCCGGAAAAAGGUCACACUGUAAGAGACAUAGGUAAGCCAUUCUAUUUUUUCUGUUGUUACUAAACCAAAGAGUGCCUAUCAAUAAUUUGAAUUCCCUAUGAUGAUAGCUCUACGGGAAGAAAAUAAUCCGGAUCAUACAAAGGAAGUCCCCCUAAAGGAUAGUUUGUGAGGCAAAUGAUAAGAGAGCCUUGUAAAAGUAAAGUCUCUGCACAGACUGUCUGAAAGCAGCUUCAGGCCCAUCUACCACUAUGCCGUAUGUUAUGCAAUAUCAAACAGGAGGUAUCUCAAGACGUCAUAGAAGCUGUUAAAGCUCGGAUCCUCUGGGCAAUUCCCAGAAUGAAUACCCUGAGGAAUCUUUGGAGAUGUAUACAUUCAGAGAUAUGGAAGUUUUCAACACAAGGGUGUCUCUUCGUCUUCAUCCAUUGGGAUUUCAGACACUAGUGCCUGUGACUUUGCUCCUAAGUAGAUGAGGCAGUACUUAGACUGGCUAAAUGUUCCUCUCUGCCUGUAAACAAUGUGGGAUCUCUCUGAGACUCCAUGGAGUAUACAUGGUCCUGCUCCUCUCUAAAGCCUAUGUGGCAGCUGGCACAGGUUUUUAUCAUGCUGUAAGGUCUUACCUCAAUCUUUAAGGAUCUAAGAUUGGUAUGGAUAAUUUGAUUUGGAGGAGCAUAUCAGAGAUAAAUUUCCUUUUGUCUGUUGACAAUUUACAAGUCAUUAAGCCAGAAAUAGUCUUCAGCUAAGAAGCCUACGUAGGUUGCAUUAUAUUCUGGCCAGAAAUAUGACUUUAUCUAUAUCUACUCUUUGGCUUAGUACCUGGUCCACAGAUGCAUCCUCCUAAAUGAAUGGAUCAAGAGAACGGCAGAGGGAAGUGUAACAGAGCUCCCUGUACCCCGACUGGGUAAGUUCGCCAAGUGCCGCUUCCUAGCUGGAACAGAAGACAAACCGCAGCACUUCUGCCCACAGUCACUGUGGCUUGACUGGGGCCCUGGAACCACUUCUUCCUGGAGCCGAAUGGGGAAAUACAAGGUCUUUCCACGUUGAAUCCACUGCAAGCUGGAACAGCAGACACAGGAGUAAAUCUUCUAUCCCUCCAAUAACAGGACGACACACAGUUUUGGAGUGUAAGCUGGAAUAGCAUUUUAAUGGAGGCACACUGGCCUUUUAUGCAAAUUUCCCAGCAAGGGCGACACCCAGGUGGACCUUGUUGGGCACAGGGACACAAAGUGAACAAACCAAUAAAAAAAAGUCAUACAGUGAGACACUCCCAUACACAAACAAAAGAAUCCCUCUUCUGUGCUUGGUAGAUAAUUGAAUCAGGAACUUUACUAAUCUAAACCAAUUAUCUUCAAGGAUAGAAAAAACAUACAAUUUUAUGAAACCCCAAAAAGUACCUUAAAAACACACAAAACCCCUGAUAGCCCCGUUCUGGUUGAACAACAUAUCCAAAAAUCACCCAGAUCGGUUCAGGGGUUCAGGAAUUUCCUUGAAGUCAUAGUUUUGACCGACCACAAGCAUGGCCCCGUGCCCAAGACAGUUCCAGGGAAAUCACCGCUAACAGUCGGUCAAGUUCGGUAGUCUUUUACAGGUUUUCCUGCAGGGCCCAUAGUCUGUGGUCAGGAGGCUGGUGGGCAGGCUCCUCCAGGAGCUUGUGGCAAACUUGGGCGAAAAGUUGGAGUUUGCCACAGCAAAGCUUGUCUACUUCAAGACCUAAGGUUCAGGAGACCCUUUUGAUUUAAGCACUCUCAUUAACUUUCUUCUCAGACCAAGGUAUUUCACACCAGGAAGAGAGUAUGGUAGAUCUCAACCUUGAUGUAAGUGGUCAUUUUUCUAUCAGAGGAAGAGAAAAGGUAAAAAGAGAUGCUUUGUAAAUUUCAUGGCCUCCCUUCAGUUAGAGGGAGCUUUUUUGAGAAAUGUUAAAAGCAGCUAGAACACAAAGAUUUUGUUUCUAACAGGUGGAUGGAAAUCCACUCUAGUUUACAGGAUUCUUGAACAUUCUUCUUUAUAAAUUCCUAGUAGAUUGGAUGAUGUCUAUAGAUUUGCAGGAUGCUUAUUGCCAUGUAGCCAUUUCCUCACAUCACCAGAUGUGCCUCAGAUUGCAGUGGAUUGACAUUUUCAGUUUUACAUCUUCAUGGUGAAAGAUGAAUGUCUGCUGUAGUCACCUCUUGCUCCCUCUCAGUUCAGGGUAUAUCUGGGAACACAGUUUGACAUGGUCCAAGGUACAGCUCUCUUCAGACUAGCAUAUUACCUCAGCAGAGAGUGUUGUGAUCCAGGUCCUCCACCACAGAUCUGAUAAGAUGGCACAAGGGAGGAGGUUAACUUUCCUAUGGAAUUUCCUUGGCCAGUGAUAACUAUGAAUACCAUCAACUGGGGUUAAGGAACUUUUUCUCCAAAAUGGAAUAUGUUCAGGAAAGGGACACCCUUAACAUCUUCUGCAUAGGUUGCAAGAGCCAAUAUCAAUCAUCCUGACAGUUCCAUAUUGGUACCCAGUCCAUCGUUUCCACUUCUAUUUAUCUUCUUCAGUACCUCCAUGGGAUCCCCCAAAAUAGUUCUUCCCUCUUCCUUCAGAUCCAGUGCCACUUUCCUUAUUCUGAAGGUUUUGAUAAUGUAAAGAAGGGCUUAAAUAUAAGGGGUUUUGAACUACUGUAAUUAUUACCCUUCUGAAGGCCAUGGAAGACGUAUAUCCUUGGCUACCUUUACAGAGUUGAGUGUCUCAGCACUCUGAUCUCUCUUUUCAUGAAAAGGCUUUGAUAUGGAGGUAUCUCAAUUUCUGAUGGCUGUAUUUAUAGUCCCGCGGUUCACCAUUGCUCCCAGUGGAAUUCUUCAGUUUUUUUUUAAUUUCUUUUUUUAGGGCUCUGAAAUUUUCACCCCUUUCAACCAUGAGGGUAUAUCUCUCCACAACUGCUUAAUAUUAAGUUAGCUCUAUCGGUGACAUUCGCAUGGACUGAAGGAUAUCAGAUCUUCAAGCACUAUUUUGCAUAGAACCCUUUACUGCCUUCCACAAUAUAUCUAAAGCCUAUUGAUUAGAAUGUAGAGCCAGUAAUAAAACUUUCUCCUCCUGUCCUAGAUUUUUAUAGAUCCGCUUUCUGGAUUUCUUCUGUUUAUCUUUACUAAUAGACCAUAAAGGUCUUCAAGCCUCUAUAUAAGCCAUAAGAAGAUGGAUAGUCUUGGCUUUUUUUAGGCUACUAAGCCCUGGGGGUUACAGUACUUAAAGGUAUGUUUGCUCUAGAGCCAUUUCUCCCUCUUGAGCAUUGGUGGCCAAGUUUCCCUGGAACUUGUAGGUAAAUGGCUGCUUGGUCCUCAAUCAAUUUUCAGACAUUUUAUUUUUUUUGUGGUACAUUUGAGUUGGUCAGUUUGAUAAUGUGCCAUUAGUGGGCAAUCAGUUUUUCAUGUCCUUAUGAGGUGUGUGUGUGUGUUGUCAAUUUGCAUUCAUAUUUAGGAAGUCUUGUGUAUUUCUUUCACUUCCUUGGUUAUUUCUUGGGUAUUACCCAUUGUUGUGCUGCCAUGGAUAAGGCCAGGAAAAAGGAAAAUGUAUUCCUACUUACCGUAAUUUUCUUUUCCUGGUCAUAGGCCAUGGCAGCACAAAGAUCCCGCCCUGGGGUAUUGCUGGAAACAAGACUGAGGGUGGGAGGGCUAGGAGGGGUUACUUAUACCUUCUGUUUUAAUUAGGUUCCUGUCUGGUUAGGGGUAGGGAGGAGAUACCCAUUGUUGUGCUGCCAUGGCCUAUGACCAGGAAAAGAAAAUUACGGUAAGUAGGAAUAAAUUUUCCUUUAUUAUAUUCUGUUAUACUAUUAUAUUAUACUAUUAUAUUCUGUUAUACUAUUAUAUUAUACUAUUAUAUUCUGUUAUAUACUAUUACACUAUUAUAUUACUCACCCAGGACAUACUUGAAAAUGAGUUAAAUCUCAAUAUAUCCUUACUGGUAAAAUAUUUUAUUAACAAAUAAAUAUUCUGUUAUACUAUUAUAUUAUAUUAUCUGUUAUACUAUUAUAUUCUGUUAUACUAUUAUAUUAUAUUCAGUUAUAUUAUCAUAUCAUAUUAUAUUAUAUUCUGUUAUAUACUAUUACAGUAUUCUAUUACGCUCACCCAGGACAUACUUGAAAAUUUGUUAAAUCUCAAUGUAUCCUUCCUGGUAAAAUAUUUUAUUUAUAAAUAAAUAUUCUGUUAUACUAUCAUAUUCUAAUCUGAUAUACUAUUAUAUUCUGUUAUACUAUUAUAUUCUGUUAUACUAUUAUAUUCUGUUAUACUAUUGACAGAUGGACUGUAGGUCCGUUAACUUGGCAAAAAAACUGAACUUGUGUCAGAUCUGUCCAUUUCCAAAGACACACACUCUGCAUAACAAAAAUUACUCUUGCUUUGUCUCAUUUAUAAAAAAAAAAAAAAGUGAAUUUAACAUACAAAAAAAUAAGGGAAAAUGGAGGGUCAGAAGCAUUGAUUUAAAAAAAGUGGCAGUGCCGCAGUUAAUACUCCUGUAAAUGUUGUCUUUAAUGUGAUGUUUCACUGUUCUACCAGCAGAGGUUGCUAUAGAAGCAGCUGCCAAACAUGAGAAGUCCUUCAGUCUAUCUCAUCCAUCUUCCUGUGACCUGAUUGCUAAACGCGAAUUUGACGAAGAAGAAUGCAGCAUUAAACAAGGUCCUCUAAAACCCAGACAGUUUAUUACUAUGUACACACCCACACAAUAGAAUAUCAAAUACGAGAAUAUUUAUUAAAGAUUCAAACUAGUGUGCAGAGGUAAAGUAUGCCAGGCGAGUUAUAGUGUAGGAAAUGGUGUCACUGCCCACAACAAAUAGUCCGUAGUAAAAAAAAACUAAAGAAUUCAAUGUAAGUGCAUAUCCCCUCACUACAAAUGAUCAAUAUUACCCUCCUGGGUAAAAAAAGAUAUAUAGGAACCUAAAACAAAAAUGCAAGCAUAUUGCUCUACAUAACGCAAAUACAUGCUGUAAAUGUCGCGCUCACAUACUGCGGAGUCAGACUUCGAAGCUUGCAUAGAAACAGCUAAAAUUCAAGCACUGACGUUUUCUUCUAUUUGGAAUUAUUAUUAUUAUUAUUAUUAUUAUUGCCAUUUAUAUAGUGCCAACAGAUUCCGUAGGAAUAAAGUUACAUACAAGUUUCCUGUGCCAUACUUUAGAUUGGAACCAGCAUUUACCCCAACCAGGAAAUCUUUGGAGAAGGGUUAUACAGCCUACUGAAGGAGUUUUUAUACAAGCUUCUAAGUCUGACUCCGCAGUAUGUGAGUGCGAUAUUUACAGCAUGUAUUUGCGUUAUGUAGAGCAAUAUGCUUGCAUUUUUGUUUUCGGUUCCUAUAUAUCUUUCUUUACCCAGGAGGGUAAUAUUGCUCAUUUAGUGAGGGGUGUAUGCACUUGCACUUAAUUCUUUAGUUUUUAUCAUUUAUAGAAGACUGCUUUCAGUAAGAUAAAUUCUCAGAUCUGUUAAUGUGAUCAUUUACAUCUGGGUGAAGCACGGAAGAAGAAAUCUGAUCAUUUCAGUAAUAACAAACCCAAACAGAAAUGGGAUUGGCGCUAAUCUUGUGUCCUUAACCACAAAUAAGACACUUAAUUAAAACCGAAAACAAGAUAUAUAAAAAGGGGGUGCAAAUUACAAGCAAAAAACUGUGAGUUAAAACCAAUUUUCAUACAUUACAUAUUGUCUGUUGGUUAAGCUGUAAGAACAUAAAAGCUAACAUAGCAUAAUAUUGUUUUAAAAAUCAGAUUAGAAUCAAAGGUAAUGGAUCACUCACAAUAUCCCGAGCCACAAUUAGCAGGCUGUGCCUGUAAAGGUGUUGGUUAAUAUAGUCCUCGGGCAAUCUGCCCCACUCCUGGUCCACUCCUUUCUCAGUAAUAAAGAGUCCUCCAGAAUAGUAAGAAUUUUUCUGUCAUCAGUCGUCUGCUCCUCUUACCACCUACUUAAAUCUGAAAAUUUGCUUCACAGAGCGGUCUCCAACCUGCACCCCUGUACAUGGCUUUUUGGGACCGAAAACAAUUCCUGAUCUGACACACCGGGCCCCUCACACAUUAAAAAACCCAUCGCACGGCCUGUGUUCCCAGGGAGACCAUACACCGGAGGCUGUAAUCCGAACAAUUCAUUGCAAAGGUGGGUCUUGUGUAUCGAGCAUAGGCCUGAGAUCCGAGGUUCUAAUUAUAAGGGUUAAUGGAAGGAAGAUUUGACUGCGUAAUGUCAGAGGAGAUUAGUCAAUUCAUAUUAAUCUGAUUCGUAUACUAGAAAUGUAUAGUCUAAUAUGAAUUAUACUGACACAGCAUUCAGCACUCAGUUCUUGCUUUGUAGAACUUCAAAACCUACUCUAGAGAGAGUUAAUCUUCUCCGAGCGACUUCUGCUUUCUGCGCUUUACUUUUUUUUCAUUACCUUGCAGGGAGUCCGAGCACAUGGCUUCGGGCGCCAUCAGAUCACGCUCUCAGAACAUCGCCUGGAAACCAGAGCAUUUCCCCAGCGUGGGGAGGGAUCCUUAGCAUUAAACAAGGUCAGUGACCCCGGCAAGGUGGUGCCUUAUGUCAGGAAUACAAACUUGUUUUCCUCACACUAUAUCAUCCUUAGGACCCCUCCAUCCUCAGGGCCCCCUCCCUUGGCGCUGAAACCCCUUCAGUUACCUUAAUCCAGCGCCAGGCUCCCUUGGCGCUGGUGACCUCUCCUCCCCUGCCGAUGUCCGCUCCCGAGUGGAGCGGAAUGCACAUGCGCGGCAAGUGCCGUGCGCGCAUUCAAACAGUCCAUAGGAAAGCAUUUCUCAAUGCUUUCCUAUGGACGUUCUGCACGCUGGAUGCUAUUUUCGCAUCCAGCGUUGCAGAAGCAAACUCUAGCAGCUGUCAGGAAGACAGCCACUAGAGGUUGGAUUAACCCUGCUAUGUAAACAUACCAGUUUCUCUGAAACUCCAAUGUUUACAUCUGAAGGACCUGGCACCCAGACCACUUCAUUGAGCUGAAGUGGUCUGGGUGACUAUAGUGUCCCUUUAAUAGAAAAUGAUGUCUAGUUAUUGUGCUGUUUAUUUAUCAGAAUAUUGGCAAUGAUGAACUCGUACCCAGAGGGUUUAUAGAUGAGAGGUUAGAUUUGCCAUGGUUAAGCUUAGUGUUUGAGGGAUUUAACUGGUUAGUAAAUCUAAUUGUGUUUUCUCCCUUUUCAUGUCUUUUCUCACUGGAUUCGGUUUACAGAUAACACAGUAAUUCACAGUCCUGCCGGCAGAGGCUAACCAACAUUUUAACCUCACAGAAAUGUUUGUCAUAUUGUUAUUUGAUCCCAUGUCAGGUUGUUUCUGUCUUUGCAGAGGAUUCUGGGAGUGAAGACAAUUUGCCUUUGUGCCUAUCUGAUGUUAGGAAGCUGUCAGCCCCACCUGCUGAUCCCCUGCAACAGAACAGAGGGCAUCGAAGGCAGGAAGCCCCUAGAAGGUCUCUAGCAGACAGUAAGCAUAUAUUCUACUCUCCGGAUUUACCCCCACUGUCACUGCACCGUGGGGUGUUCUGUUAGGAGGUUGAUAGAGACUGGAUUCUCGCCCCUCACGCAAUAUCACGUACCCCUCUAUUCUUCCUGUAUUAAGAUCGGGUCUGGGAUGUGUGAAACACUUAACCACAUAUGAGGUUUCAGCCCAUGGCGGCAUGCAUGGGUUUAGCCCCCUGGCCAUAAAUAUUUAUAUGGUCAUAGUUUAUUAAAAUAGAAAAAGAAACCUAAACCUUUUAAAUGAUCUAAAAACAAAUACUGGAGAAUAUCCCGCUAAGUAUCAUGGAAUGAGAUCACCCCAGCAGUACCCGACUGCAAAAUCUUUAAUUUACAGCCUGGGAUUAAAUCAGAACGUGUGUCUCUGGACAGUCCCUGCUUCCCUCCCUCCUGUAAACGCCAUUGAAGUGAUUUUAGUGGGUAUACAGCAGAGGUAGUAAAAGCACACUGUCUGGAGCAAUUUCGUAUUCACGCGCCACGGCAUCAAUGUGAAAACAUGGUACAAGGUUUUCCUUCAGUAGUGCCUUACACUGCAUAGGUUAAUUUACGUGGUAUGCUCUAGGUGUGCCACACAAAUUCUGAAUUAAGCUGGUUUAAAAGGAUAAAUUGCAGAACCCAUAGCUAAACAAAUAUUACAUAUCAAAAAGGUUAAUUUUAAUAUAAAUAGUGUUUGCUCUACUCUGAAUGGCUUGUCUUGGGUAACAAAGGGUUAUCUAGCAGCUAUAACAUAGCGUGGAAUUCAGGGCAAAUCUCGAAUAACUAAGUGCUUAUGGCUUGUCAGUGUGUAGGGAAUUCUGGGAAUAUAUCAGACAAUAUGGUGCUCCAGCGGUAGAACCUCAAUAAUGCACAGUAACAGCAGGUUACAGAUCAGUAAAGCUGAAUGGCCAUGACAUGCCCAGCAGCCCGUUUUUUCGAGGUAUUUAUGAGUAAUGCUGGUGGAAAAGCUGCCAGAAGGCAGAGUUCACGUUUUCACAUCGCGCUUCAUGAAAUGCUAAGAACAGAGCAUGGAGCUGAAACUCUCAGGCUGUCACUGCCCACCCUCAUGGCGACUCCAAUCACCGUAGCCACUUCAUUGAGUCAAAAUGGUAAUGGUGCCUUCGUUGCCCCUUUUAAUAUACGUAUGUGCUUUUCUCCCCCUUUGUUUGGAAACUUGUUAUCGAGUUUCUGGACCCGAUCCAUUGGUUGUUGUUCCUUUUCUCAGGCAUACCUCCAGGUAAUUCCCAUCUGCAUGGCUUGAUGAACUGUUUGAAGGAGAUAUCUGCAUGCCAGCCCCGUCCUUUCAGCAACACCGUCACGUCUGCGCGGUGGGGCUUGGAGCUGGGCGGAAUAUGUGCAGGUGAGACUGUUGUGUGUUACGAGGGCAGAUAUUAGCAGCAUCGCUGAGCAGUUUAAAGGGACACUAUAGGUAUUCAUUGAAGUUGUCUGGGAGCAAUUUCCCAGGUCCAAUAACCCUGCAAUGGUAAUUGGUGCAGGUUUUGAGAAUGCAAUGGUUUGCACAAGCUCUGUAUUUUAUGACUCUAAGUAACAGUUGCACUUGCUCUGCAAUUAACCCUGUUUUCCAUAAGAUUGAUAAUUGAAAACUAUUCUUGGUCAGGGAAAGAUCCCUUGUAUUUUUCAAUCACCGUGAGGUAACAUAUCUGUAUUUACUGACGGAGUAACAUUCGCUGACCUGCAUGGAUUUUGAGGAUUGAUGGGAUCCCUUGUUGUAGUUUAAAACAGUCCGUUUGUUUACUGAACUGUGAAAUGUGGAGAAUUGUUAAAUUAAUUUUAAGUUGUAGAUAAAGACUUCUCCAGCUCACAUUUUUAUUCUAGAAAUGUACAAUUUUAUUUUCCAUAUACAAUUCCAGUUUACCGAAUAACCUUUUACUUAGCAUUGAAAUAAUGAUGUGUGCAAUUCUCAUAUUGGAAAAUAGUGUGUCAAUCCACUUUUCCUUGAUACAGUAAAUCCACUUUUCCUUGAUACAGUGCUGAUGGCUUCAUCGAUGUCCAUUCAUGAACCUAUAGUUAAUGUUUGAGUAAAUUUCCCAUAAUUCCCUGCCAGCCUGUGAAUAGAUGCUCUUUGUACCCGUGUCUGAUUUGUUUGGGUUGGUGAUCCCUUUAGCUUGCUGUCCACAUAUAGAGAUGGGUAGUAGACAUUCUUGAUACCUCUGUUUUCUGUUGUCUGCUUUGGAUAAUAUUAAUGUUUUGUCUUUAGAGACUACCAUCCGAUCCGGUGGGUCUGUAGUCACCCGUACAUCCGAAAUCUCACCGGUUCCACCCAACCCUUUCACGGUGGCCGUCACAAAUGGAGUUUCCAGGAUGCAUUAUUCACAGCAGCGUACGCCAGAGACUUGGAGCCCACAGCCUGGCCGAGACGGUAUGUAUAGAGUAUGUGAAAUGUAUUUUUCAUCAAUUACUGCGGAAUAUUCCACCAUCUUCCAUAGCUGAUUGAAAGAAAAUAGCGUGCCUGCUGUCAGUGUUAGAAUUUCUGGGCAGCUGCCGAGUUAAAGAUCCAGACCUAUAUCUCUGUUUCAAGGGUGAGUGUAUUUAUACAGCGCUCCACUUGAGGGAUUAAUGGUGAACACCACCUUUUAACCCCGUUAUUCGCACAAAAUUUAAGAUUUUGGUGGGCAGGAGAGAUCUCCACAUCAGUGUUGUAGCAGCUUUUUAGAUUGGCAUUUCGGACAUUUAUCUUUCGAGCGCCUAUUUUUAUGCAUAGAGCACUUUUCACGUUUAAUAGAUCAAUGAACACGCAUUUAGCGUCUAUACCUACUAAGUGCUUUUAGUUUUUUAUUUUAGCGGGAAAUAGUUUUUUGUAUAUUUACUCAGACGCAGACAUUGCCACAGGGUCCAUUUUAUUAUCUCUUGCCGGUGUGUAUCAUAGUGGGAGAAGACAGACUUACUGCUGUGUUUCCGCUCUCUUCUAGGGAAGUUUCUGGAUAAAGUUGCUAUGCGUGUCCCUGGUUUGCAUGGAUUGGGAAGGUCUGGGCCCGAGAUGGUUGAGGAGAUGCGAAGACCAGUCCUGGGCGUGAAAAGAACGCAUUCAGAGGGUGUGUUGAUCUAGAGGAAGAAUCUGUAUUUAUUGGGGGUUGUGUGUGAAAGUGUUGCGUUACCCUUUUCCUUUGGCAUCAGUUUACUCAGAUUAUCCAUACUGUGCCUCUUGUGUCAUUUUAUUUUCCUGCUCACUUUGUUUCUUGUUUUUGGUUUACAAAUCUGUUACUUCCAAAUGGGUGGAAGAAUUCACUUUUUAUUUUUUUUGUCACUGUCUGAGUGGUGGAUUUUCUGAAACAUGUAAGGAUCUUUCACGGUCAUUAUUUUUACUUUAAAGGAACAUUCUAUUUUAUAUCAUAGGGGUAUAUCUAAAAACAGCUUGCAAAAGAUGCAGAUCUCUCCUCUGCAGCCUUUGCAAGACCACCCAGUCUUUCUGUGGCAGUCCAAUCGAAGACCCCUCAAUGACAAGUCAUUACAAAGUACUCUGGGCAAUUGCUGCCUCUUGAGUUUAUCUCCAGUGAGCUAAACAAACCAGGAAGUAACAAGAUCAGUGUAGCGGAGAUGCAAUAUUCCCCAGGUAUCUCCGCUUAUAAUCCAAGUGAGGCUCAGGAACAAGUAAAUUGUAAAUCCACAGGCAAGGUCUCCAGCAGGCAAAAUAACACAGCAAUAUCCCACAGCAAAACUGGACGACACACAGUUUCAGGAGCAGAACUGAAAUCUUUAUUCCACACUGGCCUUUUAAAGCAUGCUCCCAUGCAAGGGAGGGAUUACACUCAUUAAUACAGUAGCCAAUCCUGCCCUGGUAACCUCCCACACAUCUCCUCCCCUCAGCCAGCAUCAUAAUCCCCUUAUCCAGUACAGUAAUUCCCCCCAUUUCUGGAUGUACCUCUAAACGUAGGGGUACCCCUUUAAAUCCUACACCCCCCCCGAUAGCCCUGAUCUGGGUGAACAACAUAUCCAAAAAUCACCCAGAUCAGACCAGGUGUUCGGGAAAUUUAUGGAGGGAAUAAAAUGACCGACCGCACUGAGUGAAACCGCCGAAUGCGGUUCCAUGUGAAUGGGCCCUGCGGUCGGUCCUGGAGUAAGGGAACAAACUGCACGAAAGCCUCUAGCUAUAGAGGCUAGGGAGGUUUCGCCUGAAUCCCCUCGUUCGGCUCUUUCUAUCUACCGAACGAGGGGCCGUUCGGUAGAGAACAAAGGACGGCUACUUCACUUGUCAAUUACCCGUUCGCAACAAUGUUGCAACGGGUAAUUGAGGACACACUUCACACAGGGGAGGUCUGACUGUUCGGUUGUUUCAUUCGAACAAACUAAGGGAAUGAAACUACCUUACAUUCAGACGAAUCCAAUACAUUUUACACAUAGAACUUAGCUAUUUUACACGAAUACAUUCCCUUACUGCAAAGACAUUUAGCAAAUAGACGAAUACAGUUUAAACAUAAUGUAAGUCCCAGGGCAGCUCAUGGACAUCCGCUACAAUCAGGUAUCUGAUUGACAGCCAUGGGGGGUGUAACAAGGUCCAUUUAUAAAAGUGCCAAUUUCUAAUUAAACCUACACAUUUUGUAAACUGAAAAAAGGACGCACUCUACUCAUAAUAAAGCAUUACAACACGCUAAACUGCUUUAAGUGUGUGGAGUGUCCCUUUAAGGAAUAAAAAUCCUAUAAAAUAUAAAUGGGAUUUUUCCCCUUGUAAUACUAUUCAUUUGUCUUAUUUAGUGAAUGUAACCAGUGGUCAUCAGGAAAAAAACAGAGCAAACAAUGUUAAACAGGAAUAAUAUGUGUCAAAGUCCGAUUAUUGUGUCACAUUACAGAAAAGUAUGAAAUAAAAGUACAGGUAGUUCCCGACUUUACGAUCGAAUCAGUUCUAAAGCCUCGCUCAUAAAGUGAGAACUAAUUUCCCAUAGACACAAUGUAAUAAACACGGGUUCCAUUCCUGACCAACACAUUUUGCCAUUGAAAACCUGAAUUAUGAAGUACAAAUACAAGAUGAAAGCAUAGCAAAUACAUACAUGUUGUGUGAACAAUAAAGGAAGACAUACUAUAUUAAAAUCUUCAUCAAAUCAUCUGUCAUCUAACUCGACAACGACAUGUUGCACUUGUUGAAUGUAGCACUGCACUUGUUUCUGGUUAGUUUGAGACGCUCCGUGUGUCUCAUUAGCCCCCUCCCCCCCCCCAGUGUCUCAUUACCCCCUCCCAGUCCCUCCAUGUGUCUCAUUUCACAUCCCAGUGUCUCAUUAUACCCUCCCAGCCCCCCCAUGUGUCUCAUUACCCCCCCCAGGGUCUCAUUACCCCCUCCCAGUCCCUCCAUGUGUCUCAUUCCCAGGGUCUCAUAAUCCUCAGCCCCCAUGUGUCUCAUUCCACCUCCUAGUGUCUCAUUACCCUCUCCAGCCCCCAUGUGUCUCAUUCCACCUCCCAGUGUCUCAUUACCCUCUCCCAGCCCCUUCAUGUGUCUCAUUCCUCCCUCCCAGUCCCCAUGUGUCUCAUUCCCCAGUGUCUCAUUACCCCUCAGCCCCUCCAUGUGUCUCAUUCCACCUCUUAGUGUCUCAUUACCCCUACCAGCCCCUCCAUGUGUCCCGUUCCUCCCUCCCAGUGUCUCAUUACCCCCCAGCCCCUCCAUGUGUCUCAUUCCACCUCCUAGUGUCUCAUUACCCCCUCAGGUGUCUCAUUCCCCCCUCCCAGCCCCCUCAGGUGUCUCAUUACCCCCCAGCCCCCUCCAUGUGUCUCAUUCCACCUCCUGGUGUCUCAUUAUCCUCCCAGCCCUCCCUAGUGUCUCAUUACCCCGGUAUCUCAUUACCCCCUCCCAGCCCCCCAUGUGUCUCAUUACCCCCAGUGUCUCAUUACCUCCCAGCCCCUCCAUGUGUCUCAUUCCUCCCUCCUAGUGUCUCAUUAUCCCCCCAGUGUCUCAUUACCCCCUCCCAGCCCCUCCAUGUGUCUCAUUACCCAGUGUCUCAUUAGCCCCUCCAUGUGUCUCAUUAUCCCCCCAGUGUCUCAUUACCCUCUCCCAGCCCCUCCAUGUGUCUCAUUACCCCCCCAGUGUCUCAUUAGCCCCUCCAUGUGUCUCAUUAUCCCCCCAGUGUCUCAUUACCCCCUCCCAGACAUGACAGGGGCUGGGAGGGGGUAAUGAGACACUGGGGGGGUAAUGAGACACAUGGAGGGGCUAAUGAGACACUGGGGGGGUAAUGAGACACAUGGAGGGGCUGGGAGGGGGUAAUGAGACACUGGGAUGUGAAAUGAGACACAUGGAGGGGCUGGGAGGGGAUAAUGAGCCACUCCCCCUUCCCUCCUGCUCGCAGUGCCAGACACUCCCCCUUCCCUCCUGCACGCAGUGCCAGACCCUCCCCCUUCCCUCCUGCUCAUAGUGCCAGCCACUCCCCCUUCCCCUCUGCUCGCAGAGCCAGCCACUCCCCCUUCCCCUCUGCUCGCAGUGCCAGCCAUUCCCGUUUCCCUCCUGCUCGCAGUGCCAGCCACUCCCCCUUCCCUCCUGCUCGCAGUGCCAGACCCUCCCCUUUCCCUCCUGCUCGCAGUGCCAGGGGAGCAUCUGGCUUGCUUGAGCAGGGCUGUAGCUGAAACUGAAGGACAGACAGCAAAUUGUAAGGUAGGAGAAGAGGGGCUUGGGGGAAGGAGGGGGGCACUGUAUUAAUUUGAGGGAGGGAGGGGGCACUGUAUUAAUUUGGGAGAGGGAGGGGGCCAGUAUAUUAAUGGGAGGGAGGGAGGGAGGAGGCUACUGUGUUAAAUUGGGGGGGGGGAGGGGAGCAGUGUAUUCAUUUAAGAGAGGGAAGGGACAGUGUAUUAAAUUGGGGGGAGAGCCGUGUAUUAAAGGGGGGACGGGGCAGUGUGUUAGAUUGGGUCUGCAUGGAGGUGCUGAAUACUCCCCAUGGAGAUGCAGAUUGGCCGUGCAGCUUUUUGCCACACAUGUACCAUAGCCUCCCAAUGCUUUCCUAUUGGAAAGCAUUGGAUUGGCUGAGAUCAUCAAGUUUGAUCUCAGCCAAAGUGAAGAACAAACUCAUAGGACUUCAAAAUAAACAACACAACGUAAUUUGUUUGUUUACAGCUGUGCAACAGCAUACAUUCACCAUUUCAGUCCCAUUACCAAACAUUUCUUAAUAUGUCAAGGUAGUUGGACUAAAACGUUGAUUAUAUGCAAAUACACGUCUCCUUAACCCCUUAAGGACGGUGGGCAUGCUAUGCCGUCCUUGGGGACCCGGCUCUAAACGCCCAGUUGUAUAUAAUAUAUAUUAUAACAAUGAUAUCGUCAGUGAAAGUGAAGUUUUUCGCAUUUUUCACACACAAAUGGCACUUACAAGGACGAUAUAAUUGUUGUGAUACGUUUUACAGUUUUGAAACACUAAUAUUUGUGUUCAGUGAAGUCUACCGAGUAUAACAGUACCCCUCAUGUACAGGUUUUAUGGUGGUUUCAAAAGUUAGUCAAAUAUAAGGCUUGCGUUUCAGUUUUUUCACGUUGAAAUUCGCCAGAUUGGUUACGUUGCCUUUGAGACCCUAUGGUAGUCCAGAGAUGAGAAUUACCCCCAUGAUGCAUACCAUUUGCAAAAGUAGACAACCCAAGGUGUUGCAAAUAGGGUAUGUCCAGUCUUUUCUAGUAGCCACUUAGUCACAAACACUAAAUUGGCGUUCAAAUUAGUUUUUUGCAUUUUUCACACACAAACAAAUAUUAAAGCUAAUUUUGGCCAGUGUUUGCGACUAAGUGGCUACUUAAAAAGACUGGACAUACCCCAUUUGCAAUACCUUGGGCUGUCUACUUUUGCAACUGGUAUGCCAUCAUGGGGGUAAUUUUCUUUCCUGGGCUACCAUACGCUCUCAAAGGCAAAUCUAAGCAAUCUGGCAAAUUUAAAUGUGAAAAAACUGAAAAAUGUAACGUGCUAUAUUUGACCCUGUAACUUCCCAAAACACCAUAAAACCUGUACAUAGGGGGUACUGUUUUACACGUUGAAUACAAAUAUGUAUUUUAUUGCAGUAAAAGCAAAACGUAUCAUGACAUUCACAGUUAAAAUUUCUUAAGUUCUCUCAUUUAUUUAUAUUGUAUUCAUAUUAAAUUGUUUGAUAGCUAAAUAUUUGAUGUUAAAUGAAAGCCCUAUUUCUCCUGAAUAAAAUGAUAUAUAAUAAGGGUGGGUGCACAUAAUAUGAAAGGAGGCGAAUUACGCCUGAACAGACAUGUAGCGCAAAUUCCAGGUUUUGUUUACGUUAUAUUUUGAUCACAACUUGUACAUUUGGCUCAGUCCUUAAGGCGUUAAAAUAAAUUUGCUAUUUUGUUUACUUUGAAGCCCUACAAGCGCGAGGAUGUCCAGUGUCAGGCAACUUUUUUUAUACUGUACUUUUCGAAAUAAACCUACGUUUCUACGGAAACUGACGUUUUGGGUUUUUUUUGCGGCCCACAUAAACGUAAACCUUGUUUAUUUGGCCCGUCUUGGCCUUUGAGUUUGACGUGCUUGUUCUACAGCUAAGCUGACCCACCCUUUGUUUGUCUAACACUAACUCCCAUAUUAAUGCUGGACAGUGUCCAAUUAAUGGUGGUUACAGACAUAUUGAGCAUAUACAUGUAAAACCACCUAAUGUUAUUAAAUAAACAGUGUGGGAUUGACAGCCAGGGGAGGUCUGGCUAGGACUGCAUUAACAAAGCAAUUUAACUCCUAAACGGCUUGGAAUUGAGCAGAGAGACUGCAGGUACAUUAUCUAUACACCAAAACUGCUUGAUUAAGAUAACGUUUUGGUGACUAUAGUGUCCCUUUUAAAUCCAAGCCGUCAGUCUAACUUCCAGAAGUACGUCAUCCGGGAUCUCACUGGCGAUCAUGAACCAGCGCUGAUUCUUUCCUGCCAAAUACAUGCAUUAAAUCAUGCAGUCAGCAAACAGAGCGAGAGAGGGCGGGCAUGCUAAAUGAUAUCUGAAGUCACAGGACCUGAAAGUGUUAAACAUCUUAUUCUGAGGCCAGCAUGAUAAGCAUAACAAUACUCAGCACCACGUAUGCCAUGCAUACGGUGAAACACGCAAAGUUUGCCCUGUUUGUUCUGAGUUUCCUGUCCUCUGAGCUGUUUUCUGCCCCCAUUUUCCACAUUGACUAUCACUUCCUGUAUCACUCUAAUGCCCUAUUAAUGGAGUAAUAUGUAUUCCUGCAGACAUGGCGCCCCCAUCAGGGACAAUGGACAGCAAGAGACCAGUUCUGGAGCCCUCCAGCCCUUCUCAUCCUAUCUCUAACAGCUUCCCUGGGCAGUAUGACUUGUGGCGCCCCCCAGAGGAUUUGAGAGGGCAGAGUGAAGGUAUUCUUACCCUAUAGCAGUCACUCACACUCCUUGUAACCCAGCUAGUGCUUGUAUGAUAGUGCUAGCUCAUCACCUCGGUCAGCGUUUUCUAGAGUAAUUGUAAUGCUGGCUAUUAGUAUUGUGCAGUCAGAUAGUCGGCUGGCCUCCUGUUCCCACAUUUCACACCUUUCUUUCACCUCUUUAUCAUUUACAUUAUUUUCAUAGCUAACCCAACUGGAAAGUCCCAUUUGGUGAAUGUGGUGAACUGUGUAAAGAAGAUCCCUCACUGUAGACCCAGCCCACCUGCCAAGGGUCCACGGUCUGCCCAAGGUCUAACAACCACUGAAUGUGAUCUCAGCCAAACCCACAGCCAAGGUAAGUAAUACGGGAACCCAGUCAGGUUAGGUUCUAACAUUCCAAGUGAGUUCAUUUAUUAUAUUUAAUGAGUGACAGAGAGCGUUUAUCAUAUCCCAGGUGAGUGACAGGGAGGGUGUAUUAUAUCCCAGGUGAGUGACAGGGAGGGUGUGUUAUAUGCUAGGUGAGUGACAGGGAGGGUGUGUUAUAUCCUAGGUGAGUGACAGGGAGGGUGUGUUAUAUCCUAGGUGAGUGACAGGGAGGGUGUGUUAUAUCCUAGGUGAGUGACAGGGAGGGUGUGUUAUAUCCUAGGUGAGUGACAGGGAGGGUGUGUUAUAUCCUAGGUGAGUGACAGGGAGGGUGUGUUAUAUCCCAGGUGAGUGACAGGGAGAGUGUGUUAUAUCCCAGGUGAGUGACAGGGUGAGUGUGUUAUAUCCCAGGUGGGUGACAGGGUGGGUGUGUUAUAUCCCAGGUGAGUGACAGGGAAGGUGUGAUAUCCCAGUCGAGUGACAGGGAGGGUGUGUUAUAUCCCAGUCGAGUGACAGGGAGGGUGUGUUAUAUGCUAGGUGAGUGACAGGGAGGGUGUGUUAUAUCCCAGGUGAGUGACAGGGAGAGUGUGUUAUAUCCCAGGUGAGUGACAGGGUGAGUGUGUUAUAUCCCAGGUGGGUGACAGGGUGGGUGUGUUAUAUCCCAGGUGAGUGACAGGGAAGGUGUGAUAUCCCAGUCGAGUGACAGGGAGGGUGUGUUAUAUCUCAGUCGAGUGACAGGGAGGGUGUGUUAUAUCCCAGGCAAGUGACAUGGAGAAUCUGUGUCAUAUCCCAGGCUAGUGGCAGGCAGGGUGUGUUAUAUCCCAGGCCAGUGGCAGAGAGGGUGUGUUAUAUCCCAGGCCAGUGGCAGGGAGGGUGUGUUAUAUCCCAGGUCAGUGGCAGGGAGGGUGUGUUAUAUCCCAGGUCAGGUGUGUUAUAUCCCAGGUGAUAUUUCUGGUCUCCUCUCCAGGAAUCAUUAUGGACGAUAAGACUAAAGUCCACGUGAAAGAAGAGAAGUGUCCGAGCCCAGCACUGGCAGUACCUGGUCAGUGGGUGCAGCCGCCCAGCAGCCCCAGGGACACGGAGGGACAAGGUGAGAAGAAUAUUCUGUGCUGGAUACCAUGCUGUGAUGUAAACAUUCUGCAUGACAUUAUAGGGAAUGCUAGGAAUGCAAUCUCUCAGGUUUUUGUAAUGACCUGUAGAAAUUAUUAUAGUGGUGUAUUGGUGAGAUUGUAUUUAAUCAUUAAUAAUAUGUUUGUGUAUAUAUUUAUGUGAGUGUGAAUAUCACUUACUGAGUGUGUCUGAGUGGUUAUAUCUGUGUGUGUUUUAAUGGCUAUAACUAUCUGUGUGUGUGUGUGGCUAACGGGGUGUGUGUGUGUGGCUAACGGUGUGUGUGUGUGUGUGUGGCUAACGGUGUGUGUGUGGCUAACGGUGUGUGUGUGUGUGUGAGUGGCCUAACGGUGUGUGUGUGGGGCUAACAUUGUGUGUGUGGCUAACGGGGUGUGUGUGUGUGUGUGUGGCUAACUAUGUGGUUAUAUCUGUGUGUGUUUUAAUGGCUAUAACUAUCUGUGUGUGUGUGUGUGUGUGUAUGUGGCUUACUAUGUGGUUAUAAAUGUGUGUGUUUUAAUGGCUAUAACUAUCUGGGUGUGUGGGGGCUAACGGGGUGUGUGGGGGCUAACGGGGUGUGUGUGGGGGCUAACGGGGUGUGUGUGUGUGGCUAACGGGGUGUGUGUGUGUGGCUAACGGGGUGUGUGUGUGUGUGUGUGUGUGUGUGUGGCUAUGUCUGUGUGUGUGUGAAUGGAUAUAACACUUUAUUCUUUAUCUAGGACCAUCUUUUCCAAACAUGCACCUGAUUGGUCUGAUGAAACUAAUGGAGGAUAUCCCACGUCCUGAUUCGGGCAGCUCGUCCAGGGCUAUGUUCAGUAUCGCUGUGGGACGCACUGAGAUUAGGAGAGCAGAACGAACUAGUCACUUCCCUCUACCUGCCGGUAAGAAGGGAAUCGGUCACAUUGUUUCCACCGGUGGCAUUGCAUGUCUCUCCAAUAUGUCACAGUAUACUCACUUUGAACCAAUCUGAGGCUGCAUUGUCAGAAAGUUUUUAACUUUGCCAUUUCUGCUGCACGUGGAGGAUUGCAGAAUCUUGGUUUGCAUUUUAGAAUUUUUUUUUCCCUUGUGAUCUCCAAAUUUAAUCUCCACUAUUCUUAUCAGUAGUUUGUCCCUUUGUGUGACUGUGUGUUGUCCCAUGCCAGCACUAAAACCAUGUCCUGUGUACUAGCAAUGCAUUGCAUGUGAUGCUAUCAUUGUUACUCAGGAUACCAGUAUACAGUGACCCCUGCGGCUUACACCACAUGGCAUGGUUGUUGAUGGCACGGAUCUCUGUAAGAGUUUAGAUUGUAAUAAAAUGGCCAUGCUGUGUGCGAAUAGAAUCAGACAGAUAUCCACACAGACGAGCUGUGUUUUCUCAGGUUAUUCACGGCACAGUUCGUUCUGCGAUCCCCAUACCAUCUCAGGUUAAUCAUGACACAACUCGUUCUGAGAUCACCAUACCAUCUCAGGUUAUUCACGGCACAGUUCAUUCUGAGAUCACCAUACCAUCUCAGGUUAAUCACGGCACAGCUCGUUCUGAGAUCACCAUACCAUCUCAGGUUAAUCACGGCACAGCUUGUUCUGAGAUCACCAUACCAUCUCAGGUUAAUCACGGCACAGCUUGUUCUGAGAUCACCAUACCAUCUCAGGUUAAUCAUGGCACAGCUCGUUCUGAGAUCACCAUUGUUCUGAGAUCACCAUACCAUCUCAGGUUAAUCAUGGCACAGCUCAUUCUGAGAUCACCAUACCAUCUCAUCUAUUGUGCAUGCUGACCCUGUAACUUAAUCCCAUUUCUUCUAGAUGACACUAUUUUCCAGCCAGAGUCUAAUGAUACCAUUGCAUCCGUGGACUCCGUUUUCAGUGAUGACAUCAGCUUGUCCUCAGAGAAUGGUAACUCCUUGACUUCUCUUGCUUCUCUGUAACGACCUGUCUCUUUGUCUAUCAUGCCCUCUUCUGCAUUUCUGUCUAGAACGCCCUGUCUUGUCUUUAUCUCUAUCUAUAAUGCCCCAAUUUGCCGGUCUGUCUACUAUGCCCUGGGUUACCUGGCUGUCUCUAACACUCUGCUUUGUCUGUCCCUAUGUGUAUCAAGCCCCAUCUUGCCACUCUGUCUUAUGCCAUGUCUUGCCACUCUGUCUGUCUCACGCCCUGUCUUGGAUGUCUGUCUGUCUUGCCAGUAUUUCAGUCUAUAAUGCCCUGUCUUGGAUGUCUUUCAGUCUAUAAUGCCCUGUCUUGGAUGUCUUUUAGCCUAUAACGCCCGGUCUGUGACUCAGUCACUGUGUAGGGACUGUUCCCAUCCAUUUUUCAUAUGCAGGGAAUUGUGUAAAUGUGUGAAUUCAUUAGUGAAUGAUUUAAAACUCAAUUUUCCAGUCUACCCAGAAUUACGUACUAUAUUAUAGUGCUGUACUAUGCUGUAUUUGUUUAAUUAACAGGUUGGUAACUGUGUAAGGAGCCCAGUGCUGGAUUAUUAGCAAUACAGAUUUAGAUGAACUUACUUUACAGAACUGCGCUAAUUUCAUAUUUCUGUGUUAUGGGUGGCUCGUUCACCUUAGAAGGAACACUUUGUGUAAGAGUUGUCUCACAAUUUGAAGCUUGGCCCAGAAGGAUGGGUUCAUGUCUGUGUUUUCCCCUUAGUGGAUCCUUCGUACUCUGCGAUUGACGGAUUGCAGAAGGUAGUCAGCGAGUUUGCUGAACUUGGGUCAGUCAGUCCCCUGGUAGCAGUGGCUACUCCCCCGGUCUCUGUCGACGUUGCAGAGGAGAGCGGGCUCAGGAAGAGUAAGGAAUCUGCUCCCGGUAAGUACAGAGUGUGUGACGGUGAGAGAUACACGAGCGUUCGAAACAUUGGGAUAUACCCCACAGAAAACAGAAAUAAUAAUAUAUUAAAAGUAAUCUGUGAUAGGAGAAUAAGAAAGGAGUCAACAAAGUGUAAUUCUUUUUAUUAAUCGCUUUGUUUGUGAUUCUAUUAAUGUAAUAUUAUCAGCAAAUAUCUCUUUACUCCCUGCUUUUGGUUAUACUGAAUAUUUCCCCAUUUCUAUUCGUAUUCUCUAAUUAUAAGCCCAGUUGAUUCACCAUUUAACAUGCAUGUAAUGAUAAUAUCAUUUUUACCAGUUGCCCUUUCUCCUCCUUUCCUUCACAUUAACAUCCCGGCACUUUAUACACGAACGAUUUGUUCCCUAGGACCUCCCUGUUCUACUCGAUUAAACGAGAAAGGACGGGAACCUCUCAGAAGCACUCUAGUGAACGCUGGCAGCCGCUGUUCUGCUGAGGACGGUAAGAUGACAUAUUAGAUGGCGUUUUUACCGUACCAUUUCGUCUUCCGUUAACCAUGUAAUAAAAUCACUGAAUCUUCUGAUAGUUUCUUUAAGGGACGCUCUAAGCACUGUUAUUGUUAACACUUAAUAUAGUUGUUGAGGUAGUGCUUUGUGUGUGCAGUUCCUCUGGUUUUCAUUAAACUAUUUUCAAGAAGCUUGGUAAAAUCCAGGGUGCUGCCAGCACACACAGCCUGGCAACCAGCUGACUGGAGGUAGUGUCAUAUUUUGUUUCCACAUUAUCCAAAAAAAGCCAUCCAUCCCGGAUAGCAGUGGAAGGCUGCAAAUGUUGAUCUUUGUCUGGGUGUCGGAUCUGUGUCUGGGUGUAAUGAUUACUGCGGGUAGGGAUCUCUGUCUCUUUGUAUGUAUGAUGGAACCUGCUCCGGUGUGUUCUGUGCAGGGAAAGCCUCAUAUGCAGCUCUCUGUGGUCUGGAGAAGGUGGUCCAUGGGUUUUCUGAGCAGGAAUGUGUGAGUCCGUUUGCUGCAAUUAGGAUACAAUCCAGCUCCAACCUCACAGAAAUAACUGCAAAUAAGCAUUCAGAUCACGAAGACACAGGUAAUUUGCAAACAAUCUCACAUACAAUCCCAACAUAUUAACAUACACCUCACCUAAAAUACCAUUAUGAUAAAACAUAGCAAACAUCACACACAGUACCAAUAUAAUAAAACAUACCAAACCUCACACACAGUACCAAUAUAAUAAAACAUACCAAACCUCACACACAAUACCAAUAUAAUAAAACAUACCAAACCUCACACACAGUACCAAUAUAAUAAAACAUACCAAACCUCACACACAGUACCAAUAUAAUAAAACAUACCAAACCUCACACACAGUACCAAUAUAAUAAAACAUACCAAACCUCACACACAAUACCAAUAUAAUAAAACAUACCAAACCUCACACACAGUACCAAUAUAAUAAAACAUACCAAACCUCACACACAGUACCAAUAUAAUAAAACAUACCAAACCUCACACACAGUACCAAUAUAAUAAAACAUACCAAACCUCACACACAGUACCAAUAUAAUAAAACAUAACAAACCUCACGUACACAGUACCAAUAUAAUAAAACAUACCAAACCUCACGCACAGUACCAAUAUAAUAAAACAUACCAAACCUCACACACAGUACCAAUAUAAUAAAACAUACCAAACCUCACACACAGUACCAAUAUAAUAAAACAUACCAAUCCUCACACACAAUACCAAUAUAAUGUCUUACAAAGUGCCUGCAUGUCCUCUCUUGGUUGUAAAGAGUGUCCCUGUCCCACCAGAUUCCUCAUACUCUGCACUCAGUGGGCUACAGAAGGUGGUGAAUGGAUUUUCCGAGGUUGGUUGUGUAAGUCCGUUCUCUGCUGUUAGUACCACUGCCAGCGAACCAGCAAUGGAGACCUCAGUCAGGAAAAAGACUGAGCCGCCAGCAGACACUUCUAGUGGACAUAAUGCAGUUGAAAAUUUUCACAAAUCAUCUUUGUCCUUCCUGACCGACGAGGACUGGCCUGUGAGUGGAGGUGGGUAUUAAUGUAAUCAGUAUCUAUAGUAAAUAAAAUAACGAAGGGGGAUAAAUGGCAAAUAUAACAUAAUAAAGGAGGAUUAAUGGGAAAUAUAACAUAACGAAAGGGGAUUAAUGGCAAAUAUAACGAAGGGGGAUUAAUGGCAAAUAUAACAUAACGAAGGGGGAUUAAUGGCAAAUAUAACAUAACGAAGGUGGAUUUAUGACAAAUAUAACAUAAUGAAGGGGGAUUAAUGGGGAAUAUAAUGAAGGGGGAUUAAUGGGAAAUAUAACAUAAUGAAGGGGGAUUAAUGGGAAAUAUAACAUAAUGAAGGAGGAUUAAUGGGAAAUAUAACAUAAUGAAGGAGGAUUAAUGGGAAAUAUAACAUAAUGAAGGAGGAUUAAUGGGAAAUAUAACAUAACGAAGGGGGAUUAAUGGCAAAUAUAAUGAAGGGGGAUUAAUGGGAAAUAUAACAUAACGAAGGGGGAUUAAUGGCAAAUAUAACAUAACGAAGGUGGAUUAAUGGCAAAUAUAACAUAACGAAGGUGGAUUUAUGGCAAAUAUAACAUAAUGAAGGGGGAUUAAUGGCAAAUAUAAUGAAGGGGGAUUCAUGGGAAAUAUAACAUAAUGAAGGGGGAUUAAUGGCAAAUAUAACAUAAUGAAGGGGGAUUAAUGGGAAAUAUAACAUAAUGAAGGGGGAUUAAUGGGAAAUAUAACAUAACGAAGGGGGAUUAAUGGGAAAUAUAACAUAACGAAGGGGGAUUAAUGGCAAAUAUAACAUAACGAAGGGGGAUUAAUGGGAAAUAUAACAUAAUGAAGGGGGAUUAAUGGGAAAUAUAAUGAAGGGGGAUUAAUGGGAAAUAUAACAUAACGAAGGGGGAUUAAUGGGAAAUAUAACAUAACGAAGGGGGAUUUAUGACAAAUAUAACAUAACGAAGGGGGAUUAAUAAAUAUAACAUAACGAAGGGGGAUUAAUGGGAAAUAUAAUGAAGGGGGAUUAAUGGGAAAUAUAACAUAACGAAGGGGGAUUAAUGGCAAAUAUAACAUAAUGGAGGAUUAUUAAUGGGAAAUAUAACAUAACGAAGGGGGAUUAAUGGAAAAUAUAAUGAAGGGGGAUUAAUGGGAAAUAUAACAUAAUGAAGGGGGAUUAAUGGCAAAUAUAACAUAAUGAAGGAGGAUUAAUGGGAAAUAUAACAUAACGAAGGGGGAUUAAUGGGAAAUAUAACAUAAUGAAGGGGGAUUAAUGGGAAAUAUAAUGAAGGGGGAUUAAUGGCAAAUAUAACAUAACGAAGGGGGAUUAAUGGCAAAUAUAACAUAACGAAGGGGGAUUAAUGGCAAAUAUAACAUAACGAAGGGGGAUUAAUGGGAAAUAUAAUGAAGGGGGAUUAAUGGGAAAUAUAACGAAGGGGGAUUAAUGGCAAAUAUAACAUAACGAAGGGGGAUUAAUGGGAAAUAUAACAUAACGAAGGGGGAUUAAUGGGAAAUAUAACAUAAUGAAGGAUAAUUAAGCAAGUUUACAGUUAAACAUGGCUGAUUAUGAUAUAAUGAAGGUAAUUAAAGUGUGUACACAGUAUAAUGAUGGCAGAUUAUGAUAUAAUUACAAAUGAAAAACAAUCUACAUAUCUGAUGUUUCUACGUGAGGCUUGCAUAGGAUGGUGCGCAUAUACACUUUAUAUUCUGUAUCCUGUCAUACUAACCAAUCACACUUCAUGAGUGGUGUCACUUCCUCUCUUCUUCCUCAGCUUGGUUAUCAUGAUGUUUCCUUUUCUCUUGCAGCUGAUUCUUCGUACUCUGCCCUCACUGGCUUACAGAAGGUGGUAAAUGGUGUCCCUGACAUUGGAUGCCUGAGUCCUCUGACGGUGGUCAGUAUCCCAUCCAGUGAGGGUGACCAGGAGCCCAGUGUGAAGAGAAGAUGUGAACGGAACAAUGAAGGUGAGGAGCUGUUGGUUAUGAUUUGUUUGGCAGUAUGUUAGUGGUUAGUUAGCAGCUAGUUGGUGGUUAAUGAUGGGUUGGUACGGAAUUGGUGAUUACUUGUCAUUGUGUUAGCAGCGAGGAGGCGGUUUGUUUAUAGUAAGUUUUUGGCAUUGUGAAGUAGUGAGUUGGUAGUUGGCUGGUGAUGAGCAGGUAGUGAGUUAGAAGUUACAAACAGAGAAAAGUACACACACUAGAAAUGUAUAUAGUGGAAAACGUGUAACUGGAAGUGAUCCCAGGUGUACCUCACAAACACCUAAACAAUAUACAACCAAAACAUAAAGUGGAAAACACCCAGAAUACGUAAAAAUAUAUAUGAACAAGUUAAACAACCUGAAAUCAGGUAAAUAUCCGUGGAUAUAAUCUGUAUAAAGAAUCAAAAGGCUGACAUAGCGCAAUACAGUAUUAAAUGGAGUGUGUGAUAAAUGUGGUAAUGAGUACACUCACAAACAAACGUGAAAUCAGGCUUCUCACCCUCUCAGGGGUAAUAUGAUGUAUGAUGAAUAUGAACUUGAAAUAUCAUCCGAUGGAAUAUAUGUAAAUAAAGGAAAUCAGAUAUAGUGAAGUUUGUUAUAAAAAUACAAAAUCACAUUUAUUGGUCGCACUUACACAUAUAAUAUUAAGAAGAGCGUGUCUCCAUAUAACAUGGCGUUUGGCAAUACGAACUGUGGCCUCACAGAGAGAGCACUAAAUCUGCAGUUUUCUUUGUACUUAAUGAGCCUUGGCUUGGGGGGGGGUUGGUGUUAGGUAGUUUAUCUACCGAAUGAGGAAAAUCAAAGUUAACUAAGCAGAAAGUGUAGAUUCUUCACAAACCGGUAGUGAGUUUGUGGUUAGCUGGUGAUGUAACCUCAUGGUAUUUAAAGCAAUUUACUGUUUAGUCGUUCUGUUCCUUCCUUUAGAUGUUUGGCAGAUGUCACCCCAGCCGUUAACUGAGAAGCAGAGUCAGCCCUGUCUUACUGCAGGAGGUAAUAUGGAGCCAGCCACCCUAAUACACAACACUGCUAGCUGUUCUCCCAGACCCCCAAACCGAGGUUUUAUUGAUGGAAAUGUGCGCACGUUGACUGACGUGUAAUUCUCUGGGAGCCGUUUAUGAUACGGAUACUGGCUGCAAUUUGUGCAUAUCUUACCUUUUAUUCCCUGAAAUUUCCACAUUCUGGAAUUAAUGUGUGAGGUAGUUACAGAUAGCUCCGCUGCCAUGCUGACUUCCCUCCCGGCCCAAUUAUAGCCACGUUCCUAAUAUAAACGUUACAUUCUAACAUGCUCAGAUCAGCAGAAUGUGGAUUAUAGGAGACAAUGAGGAAGCUCUGCAUCCUUUCUGGUGGAAUUCAUUAAACAUGUUUAUUAUGUGUCGCUUAUUUUCCACCCUGUCAUUUUUUUCUGGGAGAAACAUAGUUAUAUAGUUACAUAGUGUUAUAUCCGUCUAGUUAUAUACACUGAACAAAAUUAUAAACGCAACACUUUUGUUUUUGGCCCCAUUUUUUAGGAGCUGAACUCAAGAUCUAAAACUUUUUCUAUGUACACAAAAGGCCUAUUACUCCCUAUUAUUGUUCACAAAUCUGUCUCAAUCUGUGUUAGUGAGCACUUCUCCUUUGCCGAGAUAAUCCAUCCACCUCACAGGUGUGGCAUAUCAAGAUGCUGAUUAAACAGCAUGAUUAUUGCCCAGGUGUGGCUUAGGCUGUCUAAACAAUAAUAGGGAGUAAUAGGUCUUUUGUGUACAUAUAUUUAUUUCUGACUAGUUAUACAGUUACAUAGUGCUAUUUCUGACUAGUUAUAUAAUUACAUAGUGCUAUUUCUGACUAGUUAUAUCGUUACAUAGUGCUAUUUCUGACUAGUUGUAUAGUUACAUAGUGCUAUUUCUGACUAGUUAUAUAGUUACAUAGUGCUAUUUCUGACUAGUUAUACAGUUACAUAGUGCUAUUUCUGACUAGUUGUAUAGUUACAUAGUGCUAUUUCUGACUAGUUAUACAGUUACAUAGUGCUAUUUCUGACUAGUUAUACAGUUACAUAGUGCUAUUUCUGACUAGUUAUACAGUUACAUAGUGCUAUUUCUGACUAGUUGUAUAGUUACAUAGUGCUAUUUCUGACUAGUUAUACAGUUACAUAGUGCUAUUUCUGACUAGUUAUACAGUUACAUAGUGCUAUUUCUGACUAGUUAUACAGUUACAUAGUGCUAUUUCUGACUAGUUAUACAGUUACAUAGUGCUAGUUUCUGACUAGUUAUAUAGUUACAUAGUGCUAUUUCUGACUAGUUAUAUAGUUACAUAGUGCUAUUUCUGACUAGUUAUACAGUUACAUAGUGCUAUUUCUGACUAGUUAUAUAGUUACAUAGUGCUAUUUCUGACUAGUUAUACAGUUACAUAGUGCUAUUUCUGACUAGUUAUACAGUUACAUAGUGCUGUUUCUGACUAGUUAUACAGUUACAUAGUGCUAUUUCUGACUAGUUAUACAGUUACAUAGUGCUAUUUCUGACUAGUUAUAUAGUUACAUAGUGCUAUUUCUGACUAGUUAUAUAGUUACAUAGUGCUAUUUCUGACUAGUUAUACAGUUACAUAGUGCUGUUUCUGACUAGUUAUACAGUUACAUAGUGCUAUUUCUGACUAGUUAUACAGUUACAUAGUGCUAUUUCUGACUAGUUAUACAGUUACAUAGUGCUAUUUCUGACUAGUUAUACAGUUACAUAGUGCUAUUUCUGACUAGUUAUACAGUUACAUAGUGCUAUUUCUGACUAGUUGUAUAGUUACAUAGUGCUAUUUCUGACUAGUUAUACAGUUACAUAGUGCUAUUUCUGACUAGUUAUACAGUUACAUAGUGCUAUUUCUGACUAGUUAUACAGUUACAUAGUGCUAUUUCUGACUAGUUAUAUAGUUACAUAGUGCUAUUUCUGACUAGUUGUAUAGUUACAUAGUGCUAUUUCUGACUAGUUAUACAGUUACAUAGUGCUAUUUCUGACUAGUUAUACAGUUACAUAGUGCUAUUUCUGACUAGUUAUACAGUUACAUAGUGCUAUUUCUGACUAGUUGUAUAGUUACAUAGUGCUAUUUCUGACUAGUUAUAUAGUUACAUAGUGCUAUUUCUGACUAGUUAUAUAGUUACAUAGUGCUAUUUCUGACUAGUUGUAUAGUUACAUAGUGCUAUUUCUGACUAGUUGUAUAGUUACAUAGUGCUAUUUCUGACUAGUUGUAUAGUUACAUAGUGCUAUUUCUGACUAGUUGUAUAGUUACAUAGUGCUAUUUCUGACUAGUUAUAUAGUUACAUAGUGCUAUUUCUGACUAGUUAUACAGUUACAUAGUGCUAUUUCUGACUAGUUAUACAGUUACAUAGUGCUAUUUCUGACUAGUUAUAUAGUUACAUAGUGCUAUUUCUGACUAGUUAUACAGUUACAUAGUGCUAUUUCUGACUAGUUAUAUAGUUACAUAGUGCUAUUUCUGACUAGUUAUACAGUUACAUAGUGCUAUUUCUGACUAGUUAUACAGUUACAUAGUGCUAUUUCUGACUAGUUAUAUAGUUACAUAGUGCUAUUUCUGACUAGUUAUAUAGUUACAUAGUGCUAUUUCUGACUAGUUAUACAGUUACAUAGUGCUAUUUCUGACUAGUUAUAUAGUUACAUAGUGCUAUUUCUGACUAGUUGUAUAGUUACAUAGUGCUAUUUCUGACUAGUUGUAUAGUUACAUAGUGCUAUUUCUGACUAGUUGUAUAGUUACAUAGUGCUAUUUCUGACUAGUUGUAUAGUUACAUAGUGCUAUUUCUGACUAGUUAUAUAGUUACAUAGUGCUAUUUCUGACUAGUUAUACAGUUACAUAGUGCUAUUUCUGACUAGUUGUAUAGUUACAUAGUGCUAUUUCUGACUAGUUAUACAGUUACAUAGUGCUAUUUCUGACUAGUUAUACAGUGCUAUUUCUGACUAGUUAUACAGUUACAUAGUGCUAUUUCUGACUAGUUAUACAGUGCUAUUUCUGACUAGUUAUACAGUUACAUAGUGCUAUUUCUGACUAGUUAUACAGUUACAUAGUGCUAUUUCUGACUAGUUAUAUAUGUAAAUAACUCCAAAUGUAGUUCACUGCUUUAGGCUGUUUCUCACUUUUAUAUUGGUUUUACAGCUAAAGCUGAUGCUGGACUAGGCUAUGGGUCAAACAGUCCCAGGAGAACCCCUUCAGCCCGCAGUCAGUGCAUCGAUCUAACGGAAGAAGAAGAGUCAAUCUGCACCAAUACCACCCCUCCUACUCUAAAUAGGCCUCAAAAACCCCUCUCAUGGGGCACGAACUCUACUCUUUCCGCCUCUGAGAGGCCACAAAAAAACACCUGGAGGCACACCAUGCUUCCCUCAAUAGACAAGUACCAGAAACCCAUCUCAAGGGGUACAACCACCACCACUUCUGUCCUAGAAUGUCAACAGAGACCCAUCCCCAGGGUUACUUGCUCCACCUCUUUCACACCAGAAAGGCAGCAAAAACCCAUUUCCAGGGACGUUAGUGUGACAUCCUUUACACCAGAUAUACAGCAGAAACCCAUCUCCAGGGAAGGUAAUGCCACAUUUUCCACACCUGACAGACAGCAGAGACCCAUCUCUAGGGAAGGUAGUGCUUCCUCUUCUGCACCAGAAAGACAGCAGAGACCCAUCUCCAGGGAAAGUAGUACCACAUCUUAUACACAGGACGGACAAGAGAAACCAAUCUCCAGGGAAGGUAGUGCCACAUCCUCCACACUGUACAGACAGCAGAGACCCAUCUCCAGGGAAGGUGGUACAUUGUCUUAUACACUGGACAGACAGCAGAGACCAAUCUCCAGGGAAGCUAGUGCCACAUCCGCUACAUUGGACAAACACCAGAGACACAUCUCCAGGGAAGGUACUGCCACAUCCUCCACACUGGACAGACAGCAGAGACCCAUCUCCAGGGAUGGUAGAGCCACAUCCUCCACAAUGGACAGACAGCAGAGACCCAUCUCCAGGGAAGGUAGUGCCACAUCCUCCACAAUGGACAGACAGCAGAGACCCAUCUCCAGGGAAGGUAGUGCCACGUCCUCCACAAUGGACAGACAGCAGAGACCCAUCUCCAGGGAAGGUAGUGCCACGUCUUAUACAGCGGACAGACAGCAGAGACCCAUCUCCAGGGAUGGUAGAGCCACAUCCUCCACAAUGGACAGACAGCAGAGACCCAUCUCCAGGGGAGAUAGUGCCACAUCCUCCACAAUGGACAGACAGCAGAGACCAAUCUCCAGUGAAGGUAGUGCCACGUCCUCCACAAUGGACAGACAGCAGAGACCCAUCUCUAGGGAAGGUGGUGCCAUGUCUUGUACACCAGCCAGACAGCAGAGACCCAUCUCCAAAGAAGGUAUUUUCUUCAUUCUCACCUGCAUGGGGUGUGAGUGGCUAAAUCUGUUAACAGUAAAGUGUUUUACCAUGUCCCUUUUAAUAAUGUGCAUUCUGUUUAAACAUGUGGCCAUGUGUUUGCUGUCAUUUAUACCUGUAUUGUUUAACAAUCAUUGAUAAAAGUUGGGAUUGAGGUCAGGUGUGUCUGGCAUGGCUGGUAUUAGCAGCCCAUUAAUGAGCACUGACAAUUUGGACAGUCUGACGCUGUCUGUUCUCUUCCCACGCAGCCACCGGCCCGUCUACGUUCCAGGUCACCAGCAGCCAAUGUAUUGACCUGACCACAGAGGAACACCUGGCUAAAUCCAAAGAUCUGACCCCAGAGCUUGGACGAGGAGUGGCUUCCAAUGAUGGUAAGAGAUGUUUAAAUGAUUGGAAUGAGCCUUUUUUUUCAGAAUCCAGUAAAUUUCCAAUAUUUCACCACCUCAUUGGGAGGGUUCAACAUAUAGAUCAGGGGUGCCCAAAAAGUAGAUCACCAGAUGUUGUAAAGCUACAACUCCCAUGAUAUUUUGCAUGUCUUUAAAAUUCCUUUAGAAUGACAAAGCGUCAUGGAAUCUGUACUUUUAAAACAUUUGAGGAUCUACCUUUUGGUCAUCGCUGGUCUAUAUGUUGGACCCUCCAAUGAGAUGGCAGCCUCGGUCAUAAUUACCCUUUGUAAGGGUUCUUACUGUAUCCUUGGGGUGAGUUUCUAUAUUUCAGCCUUCGGGAGCUAGUGGGAUUGGUUAUAUAUUGAGGCACCAGUUUGUUAUUUAAUCCUAAAUUGAUAUCAAGCAACGUUAGCUGGCAGGUUAGGGUAUGGUAUAUUCUUCUUUUAUUUAUCGUUCCUUUAUUAUUUUGUUGUCCCAAUAAUGCUUGCAAUCUAUUAUCUCGUGCUGCCCUCUCAUCCCUCUCUCCAUUUAGUGCUGUCUAUAUCCUUCAUUUAUCUUUUCCACUUUCUGCCGUUUCUAUCCGUGUAAUGUCUCCUACACAUUGUGUCAUUGUUCUUUACUCCUUAUCUCUCUCUGAUUUCCCAGCUUUGUCUCUUUCUCACUCUUGUUUAGUUUGGGAUCUUUCCUUAUUUAAUCACCACCUUUCCCUACCAGCCAGUCACAGGAAACCCUCUGAUGUGGAGAAGAGGCAGCGGCUAUACAUUGACCUGACAAGGGACAGCAGGAGAAAUCUGGAUAAACACCUCCAUCCUGGUCCAUCUGGCCAGGAGACAAAUCUUCGAAAAGGAGGUUAAAAAAAAAAAAAAAAACCCCACUAAAAUAAAACCUAGUACCUAGUUCCACAAAAACGGAUCACUGAAGUAUGAUGUCAUGCCUCCUGUAUUUCCCAUUGUCUUUGAGAUUUGUUCUGUGUUGUUUGUUCUAGGUGUCACUACUGUUAAUGAACAUCUCAGUGGCUUGGAGAAGCUCUUGAAAGACAUGUCUUCAUUAGCAUCCACUAACCACCCCAGUGAAUACAGCCAGAGCGCCACCUGGUGGUUUAAAAGCACAACCCCUCCUGGUAAUGUCUUCACAUAAAUGUGUCUCUAUGUUAUGUGUAUGCAUAGACAAACAGUAUGUAGAAAUUACCUGUGAUAUCUCUAAUAUGGUGAUUGGCUUUGUAUCAAGAAAUAUACUGCGUUAAAACUGUUUAAAAUAAAUCUUUGGUGUCUUGUUUGGUGUUACAUAAGACACAGAAUGGUUACAAAGACUGAAUCAAGCUUUCUGUUCCUUCCUUCCUCAUGCACAGUAAAGGCUGGUUGACCAUUUACAAUCUGUUUACCUAGGUCCCUCUCUUCCAGCCUAUCUCACAUCUCUGCUUCUGAUAUUGAUUGAACCAAAAAAAGUUAAGCAAAAGAAAUUAAACAAUUUGAAACAUUUUCCAUUUGUGCCACAAAAUCAGAGGGGUGGCUGGGGGCAGCCCACAUAUUAAUUUUUUAUUAUUAUUAUUUUAAGCUGAUUACAAAUGAUACCGCAGUAUGGUCCCUAUUUUCCAAGUGCUUCACUUCUUGUAUCUACGAAUUGAGACAUGUCAAGGUGUCAUUUAACAGCUUUAGCAAACUAUGUCCCUUCCUGACCUCCAAGCCUGCAGGACUGUCUUCUCACUGCUCAAUAUUUUGACAGAUGGCUGAUACAUGCAGACAAUUCCUGACUGCUUUUGAGGAAAGAGAGGUUGUUGCUUACGUACUAGCCUAGUUUUGCCCCACAGGAGGUAAAGAUUACCACUCAGUGACUGUAGAGCAGUAAACAUCUGUUAUAAAACUACCCAGUCCAUGUAACCUCAAUCUGUGCUAUUUUAGUGUCCUGGCAAUUUAAGGGCUUGUUGCCAUUAGACUUGUGCACGAAUCCUUUUCAAUAGCAACAGACUAAUCAAGUUGAAUUCCCUUGGUAAUUACUAUGUUGUGGUUCUUUUCUUUUUUUACAGAAACGUGA